AUGGAUUACAAGACGAAUUGUCCCAGUGUCCGCAUACCAAGCUACGAUCAGCAUCGAGACAAAAGGAAACGGUUUACUGUAAGUAUCUAAACAUAGGAGAUUUUAAAAAGCAGAGUAUGUUUUGAUAGGAAACCACCUACUUCUAAUUAGGAAUGUGCAUGGGAAAAAUAUUCGGUUUGGUUCAGCAUUCCGAAAUUUGGCAUUUCGGGACUUUGGGACUUAGUUUAGGGUUAGGGGUAGGGUUAGGGGUAAGUUUAGGGUUAGGAAUAGGGUUAGGGUUACCUUACCCUAACCCUACCCCAACCACUAACCCUACUCCAACCCCAACCCUCUCCUGUUUUCCCACUUUUUAGAAAUCCGAAGCACUUUGGCAAUUCGGUUCGGCAUUCUGAAGCAUCCGAAUGUCCGAAUUUCCAAAAUUCGUCUGAAUUUGCAUUCGUAACGAAACGAAUUGCACAUGUCUACUUCUAAUUAAGCUGGGGGGGAAAAAUCAUCAUAAAAAAUAUUUUGCAACCAUUCCACCACAAAAGUAUUAGUAGUGCUCUUUAACCAUUUCGCUAUGUAGGAGGGGCUACAUGCACCAUGACCACUUCAAAUUGACCAAGUGGUCAUGGUGCUUGGAGUAAUCCUUCAAUUUAGAGGCAUUGCUGAGGAAUAGCAUUGGGCAUUCAUUUGGGCCUUUUUUCCUUUGCCCUUGAGCAGUUUGAAAUGCAAGUACCAAAAAAUCAAGUCACUAAAUAGUAUUAAGAUUUUUAUGGAGUAACGGAAUUGUGGAAUCACUGACACUGGGUUAAAUUCAAAUAGUUAUAGGAGAAAGAACAUUCUAACUAGAGAGGUUAUUUCUGGUUCUCAGAAAUAAUAUGAACAUGCAUUAAAGGACCACUAUAGUGCCAGGAAAGCAUACUCGUUUUCCUAGCACUAUAGUGCCAUGAGGGUGCCCCCACCCUCAGGGUCCCACUCCCGCCAGGCUGGAUGGAGAGGAAGGGGUUAAACACUUACCUUUAUCCAGCCCCAGGUUCCCUCGUUGCUGGAGACUCUUCUCCUCCUUUUCCCGUCAAGAGCCGCGCGCGCAUUCAGCCAGUCUCAUAGGGAAGCAUUCUCAAUGCUUUCCUAUGGAUGCUGGCGUCUUCUCACUGUGAAAAUCACAGUGAGAAGCGCGGCAGCGCCUCUAGCGGCUGUCAAUGAGACAGUCACUAGAGGCUGGAUUAACCCUAAAGUAAACAUAGCAGUUUCUCUGAAACUAUGUUUACAGCAGAAAGGGUUAAUCCUAGGAGGACCUGCCACCCAGACCACUUCAUUGAGCUGAAGUGGUCUGGGUGCCUAUAGUGGUCCUUUAAAACUCCUACACAAUGUGUCUUCUCUGGACAGGCCAUGUAACAUUACAUUAUAAUGUGUUUCGUCAUGGGAUAUUUGUAAUACCAUAGAUAUCAUUGAAGUAUAACUGCGAAAAUACAGUUUCAGAACACCCUUUGGAAGUGCAGCAAGAUUGCACAAAUUAGAUAUAAAUGAGUAAUGGAAUCCUUUCCAUUUUCACCUACCUAACCAAGCAUAUAUGUGUUUUUGUUUGUUUGUUUGUUUGUUUGUUUGUUUGUUUGUUUGUUUGUUUUUUGUGUGUGUUUGGCCUCUCCUAUGUUCGAACACUGUUGAGUGACAAUUCCAAAAACUACAAUGUAAAGUAAAAGAAUGCAUGCAAUUGCUGUUUAUUAAGUACAAAAUGUCAGGUAAUUUCACAUCUGGAUCUAAAUCUGGAUAGCAAAGCUUUCUUUUUCCAUUAAGGCUAAUUUGACCAUAAAUUUGAAAUUCACUUUUAAUUCUCAUGUUAGCAAAUGUCUCAAUCUAAUAUUUUUGGAUAAGAUUUUCAAAUGAUUUAAUAUUUUUGGAUACAUUUUUAAAACUAUUUAACCCCUUCAGACCGGAGGGCGUACUAUUACGCCCUAUUUUAGGCGGCUCUAAACGCCGCCGGACAUAAUAGUACGCCCUCCGGUCUUUCUUUACUAACCCAGUCGCCGGCGGUCCCACGUCGGCGAUCGCGGUUGGGGGUACUCCCAGGGAGCCCCCCCGCGGCAGAUCUUCCCUCCUGCAGCCCCCCCGGCCAUGUGAGAGUGAGGUCCUUGCGAGGACCUCACAAUCACAUGGCAGGGGGACUGCCUGUAAUGAAAGGUAGUCCCCCUGCUGGCUGGAAAUAAAAUAAAUAAAUGUUAAAUAAGUGUAAAUAUAUAUAUGAUCUAAGUAUAUAUAUGUAUAUAUAUAUUUAUUUUUAUUUUAAAUUCUUUAUUUUAUUGUGCAGGUUCAACAUAAUGUCCACAUAGCCACAACAGCUUAUGUAGUCAUACUUUGCAACAUAUGUUAGUACAGUAGCGGCAUAUAUAUAUAUACAUAGCACUUUUUAUGUAUUAAUUGUGUAGUUGCGGUGUCGUCUAUUGUUUCGGGCAUGUCCAAGACCUGGUGGGGUCUGUGGGUACGUCUACUUAGUGAUUGUCUUGGACAUGGGUUGUGUCGUGUGGGCCCGUGUCUAGACCAGCUAUGGAUGCAUAUUUUGUGUCUAUGGCAUGAAGUCUGUGACAUGGGGUCCAUGAGAGCCCCCCACCGUGGAUGUACCUUAGAACACCAGUGUGCGAGGGUGGGUCUUUACAUGGAUGGAGUGCCCCAGGAUUGGUGUAUGUACUACUUCAGAGAUACCCUCCUGUCACUAUGGACAUGUUGUUAACCGUGUCUUCUAUGUUCGUGUGAGGAGGUGAGUUAGGUGUAGGUGAGAUCAGUAAUAUCUCCGAUUGUGGGAGCUUGCGUCCCUGAUAUAGGGUGCAGUGAGUACAGCUGCCAAUGUGCCUCGGGUGUAUGGAGUCUGCUCCUGGGAGACCUAUAUAGAUUUUGUGAACUGUUAAAGGGUCAAUUGUUAUAAACCAAAAAUACAUGGGGAGGAGGAACUUGGGUGUUGAUUAAGUUUAAGUUCGUAAGAGAGCGGUGUGAGUUCGUCUUGGGCUGAAUGCCCUGUCCCGGAGUGUGCUUUAUCGGCAGUCUCUGGUGUAUUGGGGAGGGACCUUCCUGGUACACUGUCCCUCAGGGUGUCUUUCGCUGGCGCGGUGGUCGGGUGGUAGCCCCUGGGAUGAAGUCAGCAACCGCAGCUGGGUCCAGUUGGGUGAGGUCUGAGCUUUCCUGUCGGGGUGACAAUAGGCCUGCCGUGCGCAGUUGUGAGUCCAGUUCAUGGUAGCUCCGAGCUCGGUAAGUAGUAUCCUGAUGCGUGAAGGUGAUCAUGUUCGGCGUUCCCCAUUUAUACUGGAUGCUCUUGUUCCUGAGGUGUUGUAAGAGGGGCUGCAUGGUCUUGCGCCAACCCAUAGUGCUUUUUGUUAGGUCCGGAAAGAGGGACAACGUGGCUCCCUCGAAUGUCAGAGGGGUUUUCCCCCGCGCGGCUGCCAACAGCUGGGCUUUGUCUUGCAGAUUUUGAAAGCGGAGGAUUAGGUCUGUGUGUGCCGCGGCUGGUGCUGUUGCGGGCCUUGGCAGUCUGAACAUACCAUCUAGUCGCACUGCUUUUGCUUGUUUGGGCGGCAGUAGAUCGGCCAGUAGGCGCCUAAUGAAGUGCGGUAGGUCUGUCUGGCCUAUUGAAUCGGGUAUGCCACGGAUCUUGAUAUUAUAGCGUCGUCUGAGGUCCUCAAGGGUGUUUACCCGGUUGCUUGCUAUGCUUUGCUGGGAUUGCACCUCAGUUAGUGCUUGUUCCAGGGACGGUAUCCUUGCCUCAUGGGAGGAAGUUGAGGCCUCCAGUCGCUGUACCCUGGUAGUGACCCCCUCCACUGCUUCUUUUAUACCGGCCAUGUCUGCUGCUAUAUUGGAUCUUAGCUCUGCCAGCAUGCUCUUGAGAAUAGAGGCUGUGACAGGAUCCUCUGCAGUUGCUUGUGGGCGCUUUGGGUUGGGUGGUGGGGCUUGUGCCAUACCUUCUCUGGGGUCUAUAGAGAAAUCACCGGAGGAGAGUGAGUAGUCGUCGUCUCCCGCCGCCAUCUUGUCCCAUGCGGCCUUUUGCGACCGUAGGAGCAGUUCCCCGAUAUCGUGGGUAGCCAGGUCUUUAUCUGCUCUGGUUUUUUUAUGUUUGCGACCCAUGGCUAGUCUUGUGCCGGGUGUGGGUGUUUGAGCCCGGGUAGUCUCCGGAUUGCGCCUGAUAUAAGGCUUCUUUUGCGGUCCGUAUCGGAGAGCUCUUGGAGAGUGCGACCGCUCUGCUCCGCUGCUAGCUCCGCCCCCCGUAUAUAUAUAUAUAUAUAUAUAUAUAUAUAUAUACACAUACACACACACAUAUACUGUCUAGGUGUAUUUUACUAUUAAUAUAUAUAUAGUUAUAUAUAUUAAUAUCAAAUUACACGUAGACCGAUAUGUGUUAAUUCUACAUAUAUAUUUAUGUAAUAUUUUUACAUAAUUAGGUAUCUUAAUUAAUUACAAUUAGCGGGACCUGCCUGACAAGCCAUGCCGAAAGUAAAGGGAAUUUAAUUUGCUAGCGCCAUAUUUAACCCUAUAACUUUCCAAGACACCAUAAAACCUGUACAUGGGGGGUACUGUUCUACUCGGGAGACUUCGCUGAACACAAAUAUUAGUGUUUCAAAACAGUAAAAUAUAUUACAACGAUGAUAUCCCCAGUAAAAGUGAAGUUUUUUGCAUUUUUCAUGCACAAACAGCACUUACACGGACGAUAUUAUUGCUGCGAUACUUUUUACUGUUUUUAAACACAAAUAUUUGUGUUCGUCGAAGUCUCCCGAGUACAACAGUACCCCUCAUGUACAGGUUUUAUGGUGUUUUCAAAAGUUACAGCGUCGAAUAUAAGGCUUGUGUUUCAUUUUAUUCACAUUAAAAUUUGCCAGAUUGGUUACGUUGCCUUUGAGACCUUUGAGACCCUAUUGGCGUUUUUUGCAUUUUCCACACACAAAUACUAACGCAAGCUUUGGCCAGUGUUUGUGACCAAAUGGCUACUAAAAAAGACUGGAGAUACCCCAUUUGCAAUACCUUGGGUUGUCUAAUAUUGCAAAUGGUAUGCCAUUAUGGGUGUACAUUUCAUUCCUGGGCUACUAUAAAGUCCCAAAGGCAACGUAACCAAUCUGGCGAAUUUCAAUUUCAAAUGUAACGUGCUAUAUUUGACCCUUAACUUCCCAAAACGCCAUAAAACCUGUACAUAGGGGGUACUGUUUUACACGUGAGACUUUGCUGAAUACAAAUAUGUGUAUUUUAUUGCAGUAAAAGCAAACAGUAUUAUGACAUUCACAGUUAAAAUGUCAUGUAGAACUAAAAAAAAGAAAAAAAAAUCUUAUUUUCUCCCAUUUUUUUCAUAUUAAGUUAUGUUUCAUAUCUAAAUAUUUGAUAUUAAAUAAAAGCCCUGUUUCCCCCGAAUAAAAUGAUAUAUAAUAAGGGUGGGUGCAUUUACUAUGAAAGAGGUGAAUUAUGGUUGGACAGACAUGUAGCGCAAAUGCCAGGUUUUGUUUACAUUUUGUUUCGUUCACAACGUGCACAUUUGGCUCAGUCCUUAAGGGGUUAAUAUUUUGAAAAAUAUUUUAAUAACUUUUGAUUUUGAGAUAGAGAUAUUAUAUAUAUAUAUAUGAAACCUAAUACCCAUUCCAUGUAAUUUUCACUAUAAUUCCUCUUUUAAAGCUGCACUCUGGAAUGCACGCUCUGUGUGCAGCAGCUUUAAAUCUACUUCCAUCCAUGACCUAUUUAUCUCACACUCCCUAAACCUACUUGCACUAACAGAAACAUGGCUCUCUGCCUCUGGUACUGCUACCCCUGCCUCACUGUCCUUUGGUGCUUUUCACUUUACCCAUAAUCCAAGACAAGCAGAGAUUUAAGGUGGCGGUGUAGGUUUUCUCCUCUCACCCCACUGCUCCUUUAAAACCGUGCCCACCACCCCUUCCCUCUCUUUCCCAUCAUUUGAAAUUCAUUCAGUUCGCCUUUUCAAACCCUUCUCUGCUAACAUUGCCGUUAUCUACCGUACCCCUGGUUCGCCUCUCCUCUUCCUUGACCACUUUGCUGCCUGGCUACCUUACUUCCUCUCUUCUAACAUUCCAUCCCUAAUUCUUGUAGACUUCAAUAUUCCCAUUAACCCACCUUUGACCCCAGCAGCCUCUAAACUACUUUCAAUUACUUCCUCCCUCGGACUAUUUCAGUGGGCUAACUCUCCCACCUAUGUAGCUGGCAAUAACCUUGACUUUAUUUUCUCUUAUUCAUGUACAGUAUCUAAUAUCUUCAACACUCCAUUUCCUCUCUCUGAUCACCACCUCUUAUCAUUUGCUCUCAAUUACCCUCUCACCCAACAACCUCAGCCUAACCCCCCUCAACUCAGGAGGAACCUUAACUCUAUUGAUCUCCAGCAGCUGUCAGCUGACAUUGAUUCACAACUGCUAUCCAUCCCUUCCCUCUCCUGUCCCUCACUGGCCAUCUCCACAUAUAACACUACCCUCACCUCUGCCUUGAACACUGCAGCCCCGCUCCAAACAUGCUCCUCGAGGAGGACACGGCCCCAACCUUGGCAUACUAAAUCAACACGCUAUCUGCAGAGUUGCUCCCGUUGUGCUGAAUACUCCUGGAAGAAGUCCCGCACCCAGGCAGACUUUCUCCAUUAUAGAUUUAUAUUGCAUUCAUACAGCGCAGCCCUUGCCCUCGCUGAACAGUCAUACUUUUCCUCUCUCAUUAGUUCAUGCUCCCGCAAUCCCAGACGUCUCUUUGACACCUUUAACUCACUUCUGCGCCCUGCUGCAGCCACCCCUCAAACUAACCUUACAGUUGAUAGCUUUGCAUGCUACCUUACCAACAAGAUUGAACGGCUAAGGAAACAAUUCUUCCCUCCUUGCCGUUCUCUUUCUCAACCACACAUAAAUUAUGCCUUCCCUACCAUUCAGACUUUCUCCCCAGCUACUGAACAAGAGGUGGCUGCGCUUGUCCAUUCCUCUGGCCCCACCACUUGCCCGUUCGAUCCUGUCCCAUCUCACCUCAUCAGAUCUCUCUCCCCUUGUCUUGUGCCUACCCUAACACACAUCUUUAACUGCUCUCUCUCUUCUGGCACUGUUCCUGCUGACCUUAAACAUGCCACUGUAGUACCUAUCCUGAAAAAAAAUCUCUUGACCCAUCCUCCCCCUCUAACUAUCGUCCCAUAUCCCUGCUCCCAUUCUCAUCAAAGCUUUUGAAAAGACUUGUCUUUACCCGUGUGUCUUGCUUCCUCAAUUCCAACUCUCUCCUUGACCCUCUUCAGUCUGACUUCCCCCCUCUCCACUCUACUGAGACUGCCCUCAUCAAAGUCACUAAUGACCUAAUCGCAGCUAAAUCCAAAGGUCAAUACUCCAUAUUAAUUCUCCUUGACCUCUCUGCUGCCUUUGACACCAUUGAUCAUGCUCUCCUCCUUCAAACUCUUCAAUCGCUCGGUCUUUGACUCUGUCGUUUCUUGGUUUUCCUCCUAUCUCUCCCAACGCUCAUUCAAUGUCUCCUUUUCCAAGCAUACCUCCUCCCCUCGUCCUGUCUCGGUUGGAGUUCCCCAAGGCUCUGUCCUUGGUCCCCUUCUAUUUUCUCUUUAUACUGCCUCUCUUGGCAAGCUUAUAGCCUCUUUUGGAUUCAACUACCACCUGUACGCUGAUGACACUCAGAUAUACCUCUCCUCCCUGGACCUCUCCCCUGCCGUCCUCCAACGUGUCACUGCUUGCCUUUCUUCCAUCUCUGACUGGAUGUCCUCACGCUUUCUGAAACUCAAUCUCUCUAAAACUGAACUCCUUGUCUUUCCUCCUCCUAAUACUGAUCCUCCUCUCUCACUCUCCCUUCAAGUCCGUGAUAUCCACAUAAGUCCAUCCUUGCAAGCACGCUGUCUUGGCGUCAUACUUGAUUCUGGCCUCACCUUUGAGCCUCACAUCCAGUUUGUUGCCAAAUCCUGCAGGUUCCAACUCAAAAACAUAGCCCGCAUCCACCGCUUUCUUACGCAAGAUGCGACCAAAGAGCUUGUCCAUGCUCUAGUAAUUUCCCGCAUGGAUUACUGUAACCCUCUCCUGAUUGAUCUCCCCAAAAGCCGUAUUCCCCUGCUACAGUCUGUAAUGAAUGCUGCAGCUAGACUGAUUUUCCUCUCUAGUCGGUCCUCUCACACAUCACCCCUCUGCCAGUCCUUACAUUGGCUCCCUGUAUCUUAUAGGAGUCAAUUCAAACCCAUUCAUUUAAAGCACUGAACAAUUCUAGCCCCUCUUAUAUCUCCUCAAUGAUCCAUAGGUAUGCCCCUCCUCAUUCCCUCUGCUCUGCCCGUGAAAACCUCCUGACCGCUGCUCUCACCAGUACAGCCAACUCGCGCUUGCAGGACCUCUCGCGGGUGGCUCCUUUCCUAUGGAACAGCCUGCCUACCGCCAUCAGACUCUCCCCUAGUCUUCAAUCAUUUAAGAAGAGCCUUAAAACCCAUCUCUUCAGGAAAGCUUAUGGCCUCCCAGAGUAACCUCUACCUUACAUACCUGUCUCUUGCUCUCUCCUAUAGGGCAGUGCUUUACUCUCUCCUCCAACUCUGCUUCACUCCCACCCUAUUUGAUUGAUAUUUCCUGUCCUAAGGUGUCUUAUACCCCACCUACUAUAGACUGUAAGUUUGUUUGAGCAGGGUCCUCUUCAACCUAUUGUUCCUGUAAGUUUUCUUGUAAUUGUCCUAUUUACAGUUACAUCCCCCCUCUCAUAAUAUUGUAAAGCGCUACGGAAUCUGUUGGCGCUAUAUAAAUGGCAAUAAUAAUAAUAAUAAUAUAUAGUAUUUUAUAUUUUACUAUUUUGAAAAAAUAAUUUAAAAAAAAGUAAUUCCAAAAUAUUAAAUCGUAUGAAAAGCGUAUACAAAAUAAUUUAAUUGAAUUGGUUACAUAAAAUAUGACUUACACAGUAUAACUCUUUCUUUCAACAGGUUUACAAAGUUAUGGUCGCUGUAGGGAGAAAUGAGUGGUUUGUGUUUAGACGGUAUACAGAAUUCGAUAAACUGUACAACACAGUAAGUACACUGGCAAAAUGGACAGAUUUUAUACAUUCUUUAUCAUUUUGUAAAUUUUUAUCAUAAUGCUAUAAUAUUUAUGUCUGCAAUAUUACAAUAAAUUAACCCCUUAACGAUGCUUGAUGAAAAUUUUCCGUUAAGGACGCAUGACAGAAAAUUUCCAUCAUUUACUAAAGUUUACUCCAGAUCACUGCGGGGUUUAUGGUCCUCCGGUCUGCCUCGGUAUUCGAGGCAGAUCGGGAGCACCCGAUCGCACUGCCCCUGCAGCUGUGAUCGCUCUGACAAGCUGUCAGAGCAAGCACAUAUGCUGCAGGGACUCCUGGUCCGCCUCCCUGCUCUUCCGCAUUCAGUGCGAAGUGCAGGGAGACGGAACAGCAGUGAUCUUCUCCCUGUGUAAACAAAAUAAAGUUAGUUUAAAAGCCCACCCCCCCUUUACCCAUUUUAAAUAAAAAUGAACCCCUUGCCUGCUAAUUGAUCACUGACUUCAGCGAUCAAUUGGCAGGGACUACAUUUUACUGUGAUCUUAUUAUUUUUUUUUAACUUUCAGGGUUUCAAUUUAUUUCAUUAAUUAAAUUAAAUAAUUUAAAAUUAUAUAUUUAGCUAGCUGGGGUGGGUUGAAGUUAGUGGGGAAUUGGCGAAUUUGGUGUUAAGCUAGCUAAGGGCUAACAUGAGAAGCUUUAAAAAGUAAAUAACAAAAUGUUUUAAUAAUGUUUUUUAAAAAAAUCCCACCCCCCCCCUUUACCCAGUCCUAAUAAAAAUUAACCCCUUUCCUGCCUAAUUACUGCCUUCAGUGAUCAAAUACAGAUACUGUUAUCUGAUAUUUUUUCUUCAAACCCUGAGGGUUAACUUCUGUUUAUUUUUUAACCCUCAGGGUUAAAAAUUAAUUUAAAUAUUUUAAAAUUAUAUAUUUUGCUAGCUGGGGUGGGUGGGAGUUAUGAGAAAUUGGGGAAUUUACUGUAAGUGCUGCUUACUGCUAGUUGAGGGUUAACGGUAAAAAAAAGUUUUUGCAAAUUUUAAAAGUGUAGAAAAGCUUUAAGAAAGUUUAAAAAAGUUAAAACAAUUUAAUAAGUAAAAAAAGUUUAAAAACAAGUUUUUAAACAGUAAAAAAAAGUUUAAACGAGUAAAAAAAAUACAUAAAAAAUGCUCAUUACCACUACACCUGGAACAAAUGAGCAAAAAAAUGAUCCCACGCCAAGGGUCAAAAUGUCUUUUGAAAUACCCCAGGGUGUUCUUUAAAAAAUGGUAUGCUUUUGAAUAACCAACUCGCUAAACUACUCCAAAAUGGAACAUGGACACAGCGUAAAAAUUAAGAAAAAAGAAACUGGAAUGUCUGUGUCUCAAAUGUGCCUCUUCAAUAUCUACAUAUACCUGGCAAAGGUACAUAUGGGGGUAUUUCUGUACUCAGAUGCUGAACAACAUAUGAAGUAUUAUACAGUCAUAGCACACAUAAGGUUUGAAAAAUAUAUUCUGCAAACUCACUUUGUGUGUCAAAAAGGCAGAAAAAAUGCUUAUUACCACUACACUUGGUACAAGCUAGCUGAAAAAUGGUCCCACGCUAAGGUUUAAAAUAUGCCUUUUGAAAUACCCUGGGAUGUCUUCUUUAAGAAAUAGUAUGCCUUUAUGGUAUAGCUGGAAUAUGUAGCCUGCUCAAGUGCUCCAAAGUGGGACAGGAACGCAUUAAAACCCUCCAUGAAAAUUUGCACUUAAAAACCUGAACUUGUCAUGUCUCUUUUACAGCACUGUAACUUCACAAAAUAGUGUAGUCUAGGUCAUACAUUGGGCAUAUUGUUUUACUCAGACGAUGUAACUGAGCAUAAUUUUGGGGAUUUUAUGACAGUGGUACAUAUCAAGUGUAAGACAUACUCUACUAAAAUGUAUGUAAAAAUUGAAUACUCUACAAAAAUGUAUGUAAUAAUGCCAAUUUUCUCCCAUCACCACAAACUUUAACAUCAAUUGAUGAUAAAAUGGUGACAAGUUAAGGCCCAAUAUACACCAUAUAAGAUAACCUGGGGUUUAUGGAAGCUCUUUGUGGGGUUAUUUGAACAAUCAAAACAGCUUUAAUAACCCAAAAUGAGACAUAGGCCCAUCAUAUCCAGCUAUGAAAAUUCUAACUAUAGAAACUGAAAUAGCCUUGUCUCUUAUACGGCAAUGUAGCUUUACAGAAUAGUGCCAAAGAAAUACAAUAGGGGUAUCGUUAUAAUCCACAGAUGUAACUGAACACAAUAUGUGCAGGAAUAGCACACACCAGCUUUACAAAAUACAUAUUACAAAAACUUUUUAUAGGUGUAUAUGCCAAAAUAGAGAAAAAACACAAUUUUAGUUCAAUAUUUAACAGAGAUUGGCGAUGAAAUGGCUACAUAAAAAGUGACAAAAUAGCCUUAGGUAAAUAGCCUGUGAUGUCUACUUUAUAUAAAUAUAUACUUUUGUAUUGCAAUUUUGUUUUUUGUGAUAGCUGCUAAACCUACAAGAAAUUUUAUGUUAGUCCUUUUAUUUUGUGACCUGUAACUUUCAAAAUAAGCUGAAAUCCUAUACAUAUUAUGUACUCAAUAAAUCAAGACACAUACAUGAAUUUAUUUUGAAUUACUUUUUCUAAGCUGGACAUAUUAUGCACACGCUAUUAUUGCCAAAACUGUGGGGAAAAAAAUGUUUUUUUGCGUUUUUUUUUUGUUUGUUUUUUUAAAUUUUUGGGCAUUUUUAAAAUAAUUUAAUGAGAAUUUAUCUAUGUAUUUGAGACAUCAAAUUAAAGCCCCUUUUACCCUCUAAAAACAAUAUAUAAUAUGUGUUGGUGCAAUAAAUGACAGAGAUGCAAAUUUCGUUUGAACACAAACUGCAAAAAAUGCAAAAAAAGUCCAGUUUUUGAAGCUGCAUCCUUAAGUGGUUAAUGUUAAAUAAGGUAACCCAAAUUACAAUCUUUAGAUGAGAAUUUGGAAAACCUAUAUGAGGAGAAAUUUAUCUGUGUCACAGAAGUCACAAAAUACUGAGAUAAGAAUGUGCUUAAAGGGUUACUCCAACCACCAUGACCACUUCUGCUUUUAGAAGUGGUCAUGGUGAUAGGAGCCUGUAUAUGCAGUGUCUCAUCUUAAAACGCUGCACAUACUGAGAUAUUUGCACUUUUGUGCCUUGGGCUAGUUACAUCACUCGCACAUGUGACUUUGGCAGCCUGGGACUGUGUUCCCGGACUGCCAGAUGUCCAUUCUUUGCAAAAAAAAUGUCUGUCAUUAGUGCGCAAUACACGCUGGUAAUGGACCUAAUUAGCGUCUUCUUAGUCUUCCCUUCCUCCUUCCUUCAUUGGUGCCCUCCCUCCUUUAAUUCUUUAGAAUUUUCCCUGCCUCCUUCCCUCUCCUCACACUUUGAGCCAGCUAAAUGGUCCAAUCAAAGGCUUAUCUAUGAGAAGUCUUUUAUUGGAUUUUGCGGUGGCUGCCAUGACAUUAAGCACUGGGAGCAGCACUAGGAGCUUCGCCUGGCAAUGGAGUUCAGUGAUGUUUUUUGUAUUUUUUUUAAUUUAAUUUUAUUAUUUAUAGAGCAUUAGGACUUUAAAAAUGGUUUGAGGGGGUCGGGGCUUGGGCACCAUGCUGGCAGGUCCCACAUAGCCGGUGCUCCUGCCUGAACUCGAUUAAACUAAGCUUUUCCGCUAUCAGACUUUCACAUGUUGUUACCUUUACCUGACAAGGCAGGGUCCACUUUGAAGAGUGUUUCAGCACCAAUACUACUGAAACAAGGUGGCUGUGGCCUACAGUCUACUGCGGCCUGGUGGUUCCCUGGCGGGUCAAGCAGCCGAUCACUCCAUUUUGGGCUGUCCUGGCUUCCUUGCUUGGAUGUCUCUAUGAGCCCCGCAUUCCCCCCUCUGGGCCGGUGGGGAUUAUUCUAGUCUCCCAAACAAGCGAACACUAGCCUCUGGAUCGUUCCUGGGAGAAUCUCCUGUAGGCAGCUGACACGCAGCCUUUUCAAGAUGGCUGACAGCACCACAAUGCCUGCUGAAUGAGCAACUUUAAGCAGCUGGGAAGCAGCCUUUACACAAAAAUUUGAAGCCAUAUGCCAGCAAUUUUGGGAGAGCUUGGAAAAUUGGCAACAGCCACAGGCAUUGGUCACACCCAAGCGACAGGGGACCAGGGAGGAAGACGUCAAGCUGGAAAAUAGGCGACAGCCACAGGCUUUGGUCACACCCAAGCGUCAGGGGACCAGGGAGGGAGAAGUCAAGCUGGAGCAGAUCUCUUUGGGCAAAACUAUUCAAGCCUGCGCCUACCCUAGAGAUUGCCCACCUAGACUGAGCCCCCCCCCCAAGGCAUCGCCUCCAUGCAUCAGCCACAGAAGCCAAGGAAUACCUGCCGGAAGAGGCGCUUACCACCCAGACCCUCUGUCUCCCCCAGAUGGGGGAAGGACUGUCAGAAUAUUUAUAUCGACAGACAUUUUGUGCUAAAAAGAAAUUAAAAGUGUAUAUUGCCCAAGUCACUCAAAACAAAGCGGACUCCAUUUUGCUAUCUUCAGGAUAACAAAAACACAUAAUUUCCUUGAUUUCUUCUUACUUUCACUAACCACUAUAGAUGCAUUUAUCUAAACACAGACACUAGUGACAGAGAAGACUAAGUAAUUCAUUUUACUUUCUAACUUUUACAAGGUUCCAUUGUAAGUAAGGGGUGAAAUUGAGUUUAGAACUGUCAAUUUUACAAAUUACGAUCAAAGUAGUUGCCACAAAGAUUGGGACAAACGCUUUGAACUGACAGCAAAUCUAAGUUAUGGUAGUCAUUUUAGAUAAGCCAAAUGAGGUCAAAAUCGUCAUCAGGAAAAGUUAACUCUUUCCUGGAUAGGAAGGUUUCGUUAGACGAGACUGCCCCCUAUGGAUCAAAUACCUAAAUUGCGAUCCAUCGAUUGAAUCCACCUACGGCUUCCUAUUGGUUUAUCGACUAAUGACGUUCAAAGAGUCUGUCCCUUUAAAAGUAAGGACAAAGGGAAGAGUUGGAUAGACAGAGAGAUACAGAGAGGGAGUUGAAAGUUUGGGGAACUCCAACUCGGACAUGCAGAGAGAUCCAGGACAUUCUCUGGGACUAACACUCAACUCUUAAACUCUUAACACUUAGAAUUAUAAUCUGACUUUAUAACCAACACCACUUUUCACUAUCACUCACGCACCUACAUACAACCAGUCAAGUUUCUGGGACUACCUACUCAUCUGAUGAGAAUAUCUACAUAACUGGUAAUUAUGCUGGUUUUAUUUAAUUAAUUUAAAUUAAUUAAAAUUUUACUAAUAGCAUGAUAUAUGACUGGAUAAAUCACGGUGAGAUUUCCAUAUUUAGAAAUCUUAGUUAACUAAAGAAUAUAUAGUUAUAAACAUUCCAUUCUGCAGGUGGAAUUAAGAAUAAUUAUAUAUUAAUGUGAUAGUAUCACACGUUAGCAUACCGCUGUUUUUAUCCAGGUGUAUUGAUUUGCUCUAAUAUAAGAUAUCUUUUUAGACAAAUUAAAAUUCAGUUUAUAGAAUCUGGUAGAUUAUUCUUAUUGGAUGGUUCCAGGAAAUGAUUAAUGAGAUGGUUUAAAUGUAUUUUAAUUGAAAAUCACAGGAGGAUACUAUAUGCCUAGGAGGAUCUAGCCAACAUUGAAAGGGUUACUCAGUUGUUUUAACUGUUAGCCAAGGUUUUAUGGCUCUUCGCUGUGAAAAGCUUUACUUUUGUGUGUAAGGAUACCCUCAAAAAUCUUAAGUGACAGAAAAUGCUGUUAGCCAUUCCAUUGUAUUGUAUACUUAUGUUGUACUAAAUAUUCACUGAUUGAUAUCAUGCAUGCUGCCUAAUAUUAUUGUUAAUUAAUUGUUACAAUAAAAUAAAAUCUAUUUUUAUAACACAUUGUGAUCAUUGAUUGUAUGAAAUACUUUUCACUUAUUUGAUAAUGAUCUCUAAGAUCUAAGAGAAUUGAAAUAGUGGGCAAUUCUCGACUGCUAAAUAUAAUCAUCCCAUAAAUAUCCCCACAGGACUUGGCCCCCCAAGGUUCCUCAGUCCACGGAAUACAGAUGCAGGAUCUAAUAACAGCCUGGGGCCGGUGGAGUAUCUUGCCCUACUGAGCUGGAGAUGUUUCCCACCUAGACUUGUCUGUGUCCCACUCAUUUCUGCCUCUGGCAGGGAUCGGCUAAUCUCCCUAUUUUUCACCCACCCAGAGAUCCAAUGUGAUUAUGAAGGUGGCUAGGUUGGAUGACAUACCAGAGAGGCAACGUCAUAUUUAUGUUGAAAUUUAUCUUCUCUUGGUUUUUACUUUAGAUCUCGCUUAUCAUAUUUUGCCAGAUGAUUCUUGUACUGCCGAGCCCUCUUAAACUAACACUUGGGUGCCCAGGCGACCAGAAGUCCUAUUCAUACAUGAUCCCACAUAUACAGCCUGUAAUACCAUAUACAUGUGAUCCACCAUAUAGUCAGUGUGUUUAGCCUGCUUUACAUGCUAAUCUUUUUUUUGUUUGUUUGUUUGUUUUUUAAAUUCUUUAUUUUUGUUGUACAGGUAGGUACAGGACAUUUCCAAACGCCACAACAGCGUACAUAUAUAUUCAUACAAACUUAGCAGUGGCAUGAGUGCGUGCACAUUGUUAAAAAUAUAAACAAAGUCAAUAUAACCGGCUUAACAUUGGUGAAUAGUUACUGCAGUGUAGUUUAGCAUGUGAGUAAAUUAGGGUUGCUUUGCUGUAUACUACUGCAGUGAAUUAAAGGUAGGAAUAUCCAAGUCUGCAUGAAAAACAAGACUGGUGCUUCAAUCAUAAAAUACAGCAGACAUGAGGAUUGUUAAUUAAAUAUAUUAGGUAGGGAAGUGAAUAAUCUGGCUAAACUGAAUGGCUAAUAUAGUACUGUUAACCCCAAGGCUUUGCUCCCGCAAUCAAAGCUGCAUUAUACAUGUUAUCACAGGAUUCCUAGCGACAGCAUCAUUAGAAUCAGUAUGAAAAUCAAAAAGAGAGGUCUCAAAAGAUGAAAUGAAACAUAAAAUACUUUGAGCUUUGUUAUUAGGCAUGUAGAUGUCGGAAUAAGGGUGGCAUGGUACUCCCAGUACUAUCUUUUACUACAUGAUAUUUCUUUUCUUUUUGUCUUUCUACAACUCUGUGAACUUUCCCAUCUGUGUGUGGGGCCCUAUGAGGUGGAAAUCUAGUGUUACUAACCAGAUCAGCUAGUCCAGCCUGUCUCUAUUAAUACUUCUCACUAACCAGGCACCCAAUGCAAUUGAUAUCCCCUGUUAUAUUUUAUUUCCCCCUUGUUGCAUUGUCUUAGUCUUGUCUUCUUUUUACUUAAAAAUAAAUAAAUAAAUGUGCAGUCUGUUGCCUUACUAGCUGGAUAUAAUUUCCUAUAUUGAUUUUUUUUCUUAUUCGUGAGCAAAUCCAAGAUGUAUUCAUGCACAUCAAAAAUAAAGAAUUUAAAAAACAAAAUUUAAAAAAAUGGUUUGAGUAACCCUUUAAUUACCUAUAAACCAAUAAUAAAUGAAGGAGUGUACAUCCAUAAAAAUGUCCAUUCUCCUCUAUAAAAAACGCUGCAUUAGACAGGAAUCCAGUAUUUUCUGAAAUUAAAAGGGCACAGCAGAGCAGCUGCGCAGAGAUCCAUAGCAACUGAUGUACAACAUCUCUGAAAUGCAAAUAUGCAAUUUUAUGUAUUUCAGAACCAAAUGAGUGGAAUGCAAGUAUAAACCCUGGAAUACAGUCAAACUACAAUUACAGACCUCAUUAUAGUUAACGUUAUUCUUAUUAUAAUCUUCAACUUAUUUAUAGUAGACAUAGAAUUGGCUGCCGAGUCUAAAACAGAGGUCAUGUCGAGAUUAAAAUUUAUUUUGUAACCAUUUGUUCAAAGAAUCUCUAUCUCCACUCCUUUGCACAUACAGAUAAUUAAGACAGGUGGCAUCUCAAGGACUUAUUUGGAUUCUACUAUGCUGCAAUCUGCUACGUAAAGGGUUACUCCAAACAAUACUGUUUUUUUUUUUUUGUUUGAGUAACAUUUUCUUGGCAAGGUGGCACCCUCCCAAACACUCCACCCCCCCGUCAACCUAAAAGAAAAAAUAAUGAAGAAUAAAGAAAAAACUCACCUUGAUUCAGCUAUGAGGUGGCGUUCUCCCUGGUUGACUGAUCCUGGAUGACGCUGCCUCAGGUGGAGUUACACCUCUGGCAAUAAAGAGCUUUAGCUCUGUACAGUCUUUCAAACUGAAACGUUGCACAUAUAGACUCCAAGCAUCAUGGCUGCUUCAAAUCACUGAAGUGGUCAUGGAGUUUCGAUCAACACUUUAAAAAUGAUUCCAUCGACCAACACUUUAAAAAAAAAUAAACUCCCUGAUUAAUAGAAAAAAGUGAAUUCCUUAAUUAAAACUUAACAUAUUUUGCUAGGGUAGUUUGGAGUUGGUGUCCACCCAUUGAUCAUUCAGAACAUUUUUACAGCUAACAGAUUUUGUUCUGUUAUUUAAAAGGGUUAUCCACUUAAGUGAGAUUUGUUUGGAAUUGAAAGAGAAUUCUACAUUUAAGGCCAAAGUUGCUCGACUGAAAGCAUAGCUGGCUUUAAUACUUUUUCAAGUUUGGCUAUUUUGGCCUUAAAUUUCAAAUUGGCUUUUAAUUCCCAAGAAUUCUUACUUUAGCAAAUAACCUGUAAGUGUUUGAUUAACAUGCAGAAAAUCCAGUCUCAAGCCAAUCUGAAUGAGCAUAAAGCACCAUUAACAGGGUUAUUCAUUAACGUGAGCUUGCGGAGUAAAUGUAAAAUUCACGUCCAAAAUAUCCGAACUGGAAAAAUUCUCUGUCAGCUAGGCUGCCAGUAUGGCAACUUUGGCCUCAAAUUUGAAAUUCGGUUUUAUUUCACUUUAAAUUCUCUUAUAUCAUUACACUGGCACCUGUCAAGGUGUGGGGUAUAUAAGGCAGCAUGUGAAAAGUCAGCUCUGGAACUUCAUAUGUUGGAAGCAGGAAAAAUGGGUAAGCGAAAAGAUCUGAGUGACUUUGACAUGGGCCAAAUAAAGGUGGCUAUAAGACUGGGUCAGAGCAUCUCCAAAAUGGCAACGGUGGGAUGUUCCCGCUGUGCAGUGGUAUUAUAUAACAAAUGCUGUUCUGAGAAGUACGAUCGGUGAACCAUCAUCAGGCUCAUUGAUGCACAUGGGGAGCGAAGGCUAGCCCAUCUGGUCCUAUCACACAGAAAAUCUACUCAAAUUGCUGAAAGAGUUAAUGCUGGCCAUGACAAAAAGGUGUCCGAACACACAGUGCAUUGCAGUUUGCUGCGUAUGGAGCUGCCUAGCCGCAGACUGAUCAGAGUUCCAAUGAUCCCUGUCCACCGCGGACAGUGCCUUGAAUGCCUGGUCUAGUGAUUCAUGUUUUCUUUUCGAUCAGGUGGUUGGUCGGUGCGUGUGUGUCAUUUACCUGAGUAAGAGAUGGCAGCAGGAUGCACAUUGUGAAGAAGGCAGGCCGGCGGAGGCAGUGCUAUGCUCUGGGCAAUGUUCUGCUGGGAAACUUUGGGUCCUGGCAUUCAUGUGGAUGUUACAUUAACACCUACCUCCUACAUAGAGAUUGUUGCAGACUAGGUACAUACCUUCAUGACAAUGGUGUUCCUUGGCAGUGGCCUCCUUCAGCAGGAUAAUGCACCCUGCCACACUGCAAACAUUGUUCAGGAAUAGUUUGAAGAACAUGACAAACAUUUCAAGGUGUUACCUUGGCAUUCAGAUUCCCCAGAUCUCAAUCUAAUCUGUGGGAUGUGCUGGAAUAACAAAUGUGACCCAUGGAGGCUCCACCUCGCAGCUUGCAAAACUUAAAGAACCUGAUUAAGGUCUUGGUGCCAGAUACCACAGGGCAAGUUCAGAGGUCUUGUGGAGUCCAUGCCUUGACACUUCAGAACUGUUUCAGCAGCACAAGGGGUACCUACAUGUUAUUAGGCAGGUGGUUUUACUGUUGUGGCUGAUCAGUGUAUAUUUAUUUGAGCUUACCCGCUACUUCAUGAAGCUGUGACUUCAUGAAUUAGGUUUAUGAUGUAUAAAACCAGGCUUUAGGAUGUGCUCAUUAUAUUUUACCGCAUAGGUUGUCUGAUGACCUGUAGAAUUACUAUAUCAAGCAGAGUUGUUCAAAACUAUUAAAAAAGCUCAGCACAAGAAUAUAUAUAUAUAUAUAUAUAUAUAUAUAUUUAAUUCUUUAUUUUCUGUGCAUUGAGAAAUGUAACAAAACAUACUUGUGCUGCCUUUUCAACAUAGGCAGAUUAGUAAACGGCAUUGUUGUUGCCAUGGAUCAGAAUUAGUCCAUAUAUUUUACAGUUCUAACAUAACAGGAGCGUAAGAUUGGCAGCAAGCAUAUAGUGUGUGUCUUAUUGUUCUAUGGUCGGAGGAGCUAACCUGCGUCCUAGAAGUCGUGGAGAACUUUGUGGUCGUGAUUAUACACUUUUUCAAGUCAAGUGUGCCUAUGCGGUAGGUUCCCAUAGGGUGGGAUGGUUGUGAGUAAGUGUGUCUAUGUUGAUUGGGUCCUGUGAGUGGUUAAGUGGCACUUCUCUCAGCUGUUUGAGGGAGGGUUUGGGUGAUUGCAAAGUUCUGGCGUUCAUCACCGGUUAAAUCUGUAUAUGUACGUCUGAAGAAUAUAUUUUUUUUUUAUAUAGAAAAAUUCAUUAUUUUCUGAAUAGUGUUUACAUUUGUCAGUAUAUGUAUAUAAAUGUUUAAAUAUCCAGCAUAUAUUGAACAGACAUUGUAAAGCCUUAUUUACACUUAUUUAACCCAACUAAACUUGCAUUGAGUCAUUCACCCAGUAUGCAUCAGUAUUAAUGCUUGUGUUUUCUCUUUUCUCUCGUAGCUUCGAAAACAGUUUCCUAACAUGAACUUGAAGAUUCCUGCCAAGAGGAUAUUUGGGGAUAAUUUUGAUCCAGGUAAAAUAUUUUUUUAAUGAUUCUUUAUCGAACAGUUUGGAUCUUAAUCUAUACAACUUCUUUAUGCAAACAUACUUGAAUAUUGCAUAUUGAAUUCCUCCAAUCAAAAUAAUGAACUCCCCAGUUAAAUAAAUGAUAUUGCUGCCAAAUCAAACCAGUGUGACCUAAAUAACUAAUUUCAAACAAUGUGUCACAUUAUGAUAUAUAUGAUACUGUAACCUUGUCUACCAAUCUAUGUGCAGGAGAUUAUGCGGUCUGUAAUUCCUGGCUAGGCUGAUGGAUAGUAAGGCAUUGUGGAAGUCUCAUGAUACUGAUAAUAUUAUUAUAUGAUGCAAGUGCUGUAUUGGAUUAAAUAAAAGGGGGGAGGGGAAGUCACUUUCUUUCAGACUCUUAUAUUUAUAUAAGUAGUUUUGAUAAAAUAGUCAUUUUAUUUACUUUAAUGAUGGGCAUUGUAGUCUACAAUUUUUUUUAGAAUUUUUCUGAUGUCUGUAAGCUAUGCAUGAACAGAAUGUAUAAACAAGUUAUUUAAAGGGACACUAUAGUCACCAGAACAACUACAGCUUAAUGUAGUUGUUCUGGUGAGUAAAAUAGCUCCCUUCAAGCAUUUUCAUGUAAACACUGCCUUUUCAGAGAAAAGUCAGUGUUUACAUUGCCCGUGGGUACACCUCCAAGUGGCCACUCCUUAGACGGCUACUGGAGGGGCUUCCUGGCUCAGGGCUGCACAGUAGGCAGCACUGCCAUUCAGCGUCCCCACGCUCUGCAUGGAGACUCUGAAUUUUCCUCAUAGAGAUGCAUUGAUUCAAUGAGGAGGUGCUGAUUGGCACCCCUUGCCGAUUUUAGUCAAUCCAAUGCUUUCCGAACGGGAAAGCAUUGGAUUGGCUAAAAAACAGCAAUUUUGAUGUCACCAAGGGGCCAGCACCAGCGGAUCUGUGGAGAGCUAAAAAUAAGGUGGGGGCAUCCACCUAAAUGGUUUUUCACUAAAGGGUCAGGAAUACAUGUUUGUGUUCCUGACCCAAUAGUGAUCCUAUAAACAUCUUCCUUUUAGAUUCUCAUGUAUCAUUCUGCAUGAUCUGAUUGCACAUUACUGAUUGUACUGUGUUUUUAUUAUAAAAGUUCUAAUUUUACUAUGACAAUGAGCGUUUUUUUACAGGGCGAUCAUAUAUGUUUCAGUGACUAGCAUUCUAAUAAUAUAUAAACAAUUUUAUGUACUGUAGUUACUGUCUGUGAAAUGAACCAAGUCCUACUACUGGGAGUUACUAUGUUAAAAGAUUGUUGAUAUUUGCAUCUCUUUUUUGCUGUUUGUUAUGGAAAUGUUUGUCCUUAACAUGACAAGGUUUUCCCUAACAUUGCACCUGGAAGUGUUUUAAUUGUAAAAGCUUUUGAAAGAAACAUAUAGAAGAGUAUUGUUAGAUUGAUCAAGCAACUCAUGGGACAUAUAUCACCUUCUUAAUAAGCUAAAUGGACACUAUAGUCACCAAAAUUAUAGUCUACUGCUCAAUGUCCUGUCAUAUGUUGACUCAACACAGAAGUGGUACAGAAGUUAGUGUAUUUGAAAAUAUAAAUACCAUCUGUUAUGUUUCACUUCCUCCAAAAAUAUCCUCCUGCGGUGUGCACAGUGAAAUGAUUACGGGUGUAAUCUAGUUUACAGGGACACUAUAGGAACCAAAACAACUAUAGCUUAAUUAAGCAGUUUUUGUGUAUAGAUCAUGCCCCUGUAGUCUCACCACUCAAUUAUCUGCCGUUGAGGAGUUAAAUCAUUUUUUUUUCCUGUUUAUUCUGCUCUAGCCACGCCUCCUCUGGCUGUGACUGACACAGCAUGCAUGAGAAAAAAAUGUUGCAUUUUCAGAUGUAACUUAAUUUAAAAGUUUUUAUCUCCUGCUCUGUAAAUUGAACUUUAAUCACACAGAGGAGGCUCAUGUAGGGUCUUGCAAGCUAUUGACAGAGCAGGAGAUAAUAAAUUCUUACUUAAACAGAAUUUGCAAUAAGGAAGUAUAAACAUUAGAUGACUCAUUACAGGAAGUGUUUAGGAAGGCUGUGUAAGUCACAUGCAGUGAGACUAGGGCUAUAUAAACAAAGUGAUGUAUCUCCUAAGUGGCAGAGACUUAAGCAGUGAUACUGCAGAGGCAUGUUCUGUACACCAAAACUGCUUCAUUAAGCUAAAUUUGUUUUGGUGGUUAUAGUGCCCCUUUAAGUACAGACCGCAUAUCUGUACUAUAGGUAAAACGAGAUAAACAAAAAAUGUUUGAUAUACAGGAGCAGUAGGUAAAGAGGGCCCUGUCCAAAUGAGCGUGAAAUCUAAAAAAGCAAUCCUAUUCAACACAAGCUGGCAACAUUUUAUGAAUCGUAGCACCUAUACCACAUGGGCCCUUGGGGAAGUCGAGGGGGUGGGGGGAAGGGGAGAGAGCUUGCAAGCAUCUGUCAAAUUUGUAGUGUUUCUUAGUUAAACCUAUAUUUGGACUUGGGUUCCUAUAACUUCAAAAAUUCAUAAUUUUGCUUUUUAGUAAUUGUUGAAGGCUACUCUAAGAAAUGUAUUAAAAGGUCUCUGACCUAUUAAAUCCAUUUUUAAUCCAUACAGAGUUUAUCCAGCAGAGGAGAGCUGGACUGAAUACAUUCAUUCAGGACUUACUGCGACACCCACAACUAUGCAGUCAGUAAGUAACUGUAUUAAACCAUUCUGAACAUUAAUUUUUAUUUUAUUUUUAAGAAGUGUAAAUUUCGCUACUUUUACUAUUAAAGGAACAUUCCGUUGCAAACAAAAAAAAUCGAGUGUCAGCAGCCAUGUCAUGCCCUCCCCUUCUUCCCCAGCACAGACUUUAUGUGACUGUCCAAUAACGAAUUUCUCAAUGCGCUGUAUUACAGCUCAAUGAGACGUCUUUGCAAGGCUGAUCAUAAAAGUGAAUGUUGCGCACAUGACAGUUCGGAGUCGUUACUGAGCUUCCAUAUUAAAUCUCCUCUUUACUUCAAAGGGAGUUAUUUUCAUAGCUCUUGUGCUCUUCCAUCUUCUGGCUGAGUUCCAUCCACUUUUUGGACUUCCAGUUUGCAUCAGAUUUUGCCCCUUUUUAUAGUGACCUUAUCCCAGAUGUAUCACUUGUUUUUUUGUGUUUCUCUUUUGUUUUCCUUGAGAAAGCUCUCUGGAUCACUAACCAAGAACGUUCCCAUGUAACCAAACAAAUCCAAAAUUUGUGAUUCACAAACUAUGCAGUACUAUUAAAGAAAAUUAAUCUGAAACCUAAUACUAAACAUUCCUUCACUGCACCAAUGGUUCGUUAAAGAUGGUAGAUUGGCUUGCCUCCUUUUGACCCAAUUAGCAGAGAACUAUUAAUUUGUGCUUUUUUUUUUUUUGUUCAUGCUCUUUUGAUGAGCUGAAUACAUGUUCCAUCUGUAAUAUUUGUGACAUUGCAUGAUACAAUGCUAUUUGUAUUGAGGAAGAUUUUUUUUUUUUUUACUGUUUUGGGUCUUCGUUUAUAUCAAGGUGCCAAAUCUUCAUAUUCUGAACCUGCAAAACUCAGCUGACCCAAUUGAAAGGAAUUACCUUCUCCAACCAUGCACGUUUUUAUUCAUUCAUCAUCUUGCUCUCUGUUGCCUGUGUACACCUUAUUGCUGUAUAUAAAAAUGUCGCUAAGGGGGGCGUGGCUAGCUGAGAUGCAGAGCAGACGUGUAUGUGUGGUGCUCCGGCUCCACACCGAAAAAAAGAGGCCUUAUUGCCAAAAACAAAUCCUCGAAAGAGAACCCAAAGACGUCUGACUACCCCCCAAAGUGUAAUGGGGUGCAAACAUUAAAAAAAAUGCUUGCCCAGAGAGUGUUAAUCACCCUGAUAUAAGACUCUCCUUCAGCUGGCCGCAGGCCCGCAACCAUAUGGCGCCAGGGAGGCCACGUGGCACGAGCGACUCCAGCGAUUCCAUGGACGAAGAGAGAUUGCCACAAACUGCCAGUGUAGUGUACCUAGGGGCUGACUCUGAGGAGACAGAGGAGACUCACCGCACUUUGUGGCAGCCUUCGGAAUAAGGAAGGCACUGACCGCCCCAGCGGGGUACUGAUGUGGAGUCUCGGGAACCCUAGUAGUGCCACCGCCCCUCAAAUUUAUACGGACGAGCGCGUGAUGUCACGUUCUGGGGUCAGAGGUCACCCUCUGACCAAUCAAAGCCCAGAGAGGGAUAUUUAAAUCCAUAAUUCACUCCAGUUCCUUGCCCUGUCGUGGUUUCCUGUUCCUGGUUCCUGAGAGUGCGUUUAUCUUUGUGAAUCUGACUUCCUGGUAUCCUGAUCUUGGCUUUUCCCUGGUUAUUCCGAAUUCUGGUUCCCCUGACUUGGCUUGUUUUAACAGUAUCUGAGUAUUUCUGGCUUCCUUGACCUCGGCUUUCCCUUUGACCAUUCUUCAUCUCUAGCGUAUUAGUCCGGCCAUUCUAAGGUCCGGUUUACGCUCUGUCCUUUUAUUUCCUUUUUUAUGUAUAUGUUUAAAUAGUUUCUGCGUGUUGGACCACACUAGCGGCCGUGACAAAAGGUCUUUACUGACAUUUCUCCCAUCUCCUCCCACCUUCUGUUCCUACCUUGGGUAUAUCUUUAAUUGUGGUCCAUCUAUGCUAUGUGGUUAAGCUUUAGACAUAAAUCCAUACCUGGUCUUCUGCCUAUAAGUAGAUGGAUAAAUUAGCAACAAACUUGUAUUUUGCCAGUCCUGAACAUACAAAAAUGUUAAAAGGGAAGAAGAGAUCUAUAUUCUAUCUAAUUCCAGUUGUGACACUAGCUUCCUCUUGUAAUAGGAGCAUUAAGGGCUCAGACCCCCAAGUUUGGGCAGUGGCUUCAACAGAUUCCAUAUAUGUCGCUGUCCAGAAGAGUGCAGUUCUAGGAACAGCUAAGAUACUGCACAGAACCCUCAGACUCCCAGGACUCUUGGCUCAUGACAAUGAACUUUAAAUGCAAGCAUUAGGAAAAAAUAGUAAUGCAGUUUACUUGCACUUUCCAGAAGGUGCUUCACAGUAAAAUUAAAACAAAAAGAAAAUAUAUAAUUUUUCAUCUUGAAGACUAACUCAACAAUAGUUUUCCUGGUGCUUGGCUGGUCUGGGAGAUACAGGUGGGUUGUGAAGAAGGCGAAUCCUCGCCCCAGCCCCAGACCUCGUGUAGGGUCUGCAUCCGCUUGCCACAGAUUCGGGUACCUGUGGGUGGGCUUCUGCCGAUGUGGCCGAUGCAUCGGAGGUAACCACCUUGUGACCCUCGGCCCGGGUGGGCUUUCAGUGCUUGUUGCCGGUGUAGGAGGUAUUUCUUACCAGGAACAGGCCCACUUUGUCUCCGCCACCCCCUCUCCCAUGAUUUACCUCUGGGUGCAGGGGAGGGUUUGGCGAUGUGCCACUUCAGUCGGUCCCAAAAACGCUGGAAAAUCAGCAUGUCCAGUUUUUAGUAGCCACUGGCCUAAGUUAGCGUUUAUAUAUAUAUUUUUUUAAUUUUUCACAAAUAAACUGCCCAUUCACCGAUUACAUCAUCAGUAUUAUACAUUUUACUGCUCUAAAACACUCAUUGUGUAGAGUAAUGUCUCACAAGUACAACAGUACACCUCAUGUACAGGUUUUGUGGUGUUUUAGAAAGUUAUAGGGUCAAAUAUAAGAUUGACCAAUUUCUGUUUUUGCAAAUUGAAAUUUACUAGAUUGGCUAUGAAGCCUUUGAGGCGGUAUGGUAGCCCAGGAAUGUGAAUUAACCCCACCAUGGCAUACCAUUUGAAAGAGUAGCCAACCCAGGGUAUUCAAAAUGGAGUAUGUCCAGUGUUUUUUAGUAGCCACUUAGUCACAAACGCUAGCCAAAGUUAGUGUUCAUAUUAGUUCUUUGCAGUUUUUACACAAUACUGCACUUUUACUGGUGAUAUCAUCGUCGUAAUAAGUUUUACUGUUUUAUAACACACAUAUUUGUGUUGAACAAAGUCUCCCAAGUACAAUAAUACCCCCCAUGUCCGAGUUUUAUGGUGUUUUGGAAAGUUACAGGGAUAAACAUAUGACUUGCAAAUUAAAUUCUCAGGAAUUGCUGCCUGGGUUGUCAGGCUGGUCCCUCAAAACAUAAUUAAUAAAAUGACUUAAUUAUGUUAAAAUAUUUUAUAAAUAUACACAUAGACUUUAAAUAUAUAUACAUAAAUAUGUAUUUAAACCAUAUGUGUAUAUUUAUGUAAUUAUUUAUGUAAUUAUAUCGAUUUGUACGUAUAUAUAUAUAUAUAUAUUUUUUUUCAUUCUAAGUGUAUUUUGAUAACAAUAUAUAUUAAUAUCAAAAUACUUUUAGAAUGAAAUGGAGGUCUGGGCUGCUACUGGUCCGAACCACCGACUCGAGGGCAAGGAGAUCAGCCGCCUCUCCCCGUCUCCAUCCCCGGUAGGCCGCAGCCAGUAUUCUCCGGCUCCCGGCAGUGUAAACCUGCGGGAGGGUUGUCGGAUAGCUUGCCCAGUAUUUCCUGACUUAGUGUGGGCACAGGAUUGGACGAGUCAGCGGUAAAGCUGGGGUAAAUACUCUAUUUUGGAGCAAUUCUGCAGGAGCUCCUGUGCCACACGUCCAUUCAGCUUGAAGAUCAGGCUCCGCUCAAUAUUUAUUUAUUUUAUUUAUUUUAUGUAUUUUAAUUUUAUUAAGAUAUAUAUGUAAUAUAUACAGUUACUGUUUUUGACAGUGUCAUGAAGGGGAGGAGCAUAUUCAUUCUCCCAUAAAGCCAGGGUGACCAGAUUUUGGAAAUAAAAAACCAGGACAUCCAUUGGGGUGGGGCAGGAUACGUAAAUAGCGUUUUCACAGCUAUGGUCUCAGGAAUACAUGUUUGUAUUCCUGACACUAUACUGUUCCUUUAAGCAAACUAAAGGAACAUUCUGGUUAACAUAACAACUUAUUUUCAAUGAAAAUGCUAUGAUGCCAGGAAGCCCCUGGGCGCUCUCUUUCCUUUAAGGGGUUAAACCACUCUCACAUGGUUUAAACCCAAAGGCUUCCCCUAGCUCCAGAUCUCCAGGUUGCUCAGUGGUAUUCGGCUCCUGAAACACAUUGUCAGGAAGUGCAGACUGACGUCCGACAUGGGUGCCGCUGAUUGGCUACAGUGGUCAGCUGAUGCUCUAAGCCAAUUGCUAGUUCCCGGUUCAUAAUUUUUUUUAAACUUUUUUAUGUAUGAGGAUCUAGUGAUUGGCUUAGAGUGCCAGCUGACCAAUCUGUGGCACCCCUACCAGCGGCACUCUGUGCUUCCUGACACUCAGUGAAUAAAAGUGAACACAUUAACACUGAUAUUUUUUUUUUACCUGGGAAGAUGAGAAGGUCCAAAUUUUCCGGCAAGGCCCAGGGACCAAAGCCUUGUGAUAUGGUGUCCAGAAUGAAGUGGAGGGAUCACUUCACUUGUCCUUCCUGCUCCAAUCUUCUUUUCUUCUUCAUUUGGCACAGUCUUCUUUUUAUUCCUACACUGUCUUCUCUUAUCCUUGGCUCCUUAUGCUCAUUUACCUUUCAGCUUCUUUUGAGCCCUUCUGCUCCUUUCUCUUUCUGAUCCCUUUCUGCUACUUUUGUGCAACUUCUGAUUCUUUCUGCUCCUUUACCUUUGUGCUUCUUCUGUCCCUUCCUGCUCCUUGCUGACCCUUUCUGCUCCUUCUCCUAUGUUACCUUUGUGCUCCUUCUGAUUAUUUCUGCUCUUUUACCUUUGUGCUGCUUCUGUCCCUUCCUGCUCCUUGCUGCCCCUUUUUUGCUCCUUGCUGACCCUUCUUGCUCAUUUCUGUUCCCUUCUUCAACUUCUCCUACGUUACCUUUGUGCUCCUUCUGAUUAUUCCUGCUCUUUUACGUUUGUGCUCCUUCUGCCUCCUCCAGCUCAUUGCUGACCCUUUCUGCUUCUUGAUGUCCCUUCUUGCUAAUUCUGUUCCUUUUCCUUUUUUACCUUUGUGCUCUUUUUGAUUCUUUCUGCUCCUUUACCUUCGUGCUCCUUGCUGCCCCUUCUCCUACUUUACCAUUGUGCUCCUACUGAUUAUUUCUGCUCCUUUACCUUUGUGCUCCUUGCAGACCAUUCCUGCUCAUUUCUGUUACUUUCUGCUCCUUCUCCUACUUUACAUUUGUGCUUCUUCUGCCCCUUCCAGCUCCUUGCUGCCCCUUUCUGUUCCUUACUGCCCUUUCCAGCUCCUUGCUCACACUUUCUGUUCCUUUGUGCUCCUUCUACUUUACCUUUGUGCUCCUUGCAGACCCUUUCUGCUCCUUAAAGGGACACUAUAGUCACCAGAACAACUACAGCUUAAUGUAGUUGUUCUGGUGAGUAUAAUCACUGCCUUCAGGCAUUUUCAUGCAAACACUGCCUUUUCAGAGAAAGUAUUUACAUUGCCCCUAGGGAAACAUCCAAGUGGCCACUCCUCAGAUGGCCACUGGAGGUGCCUCCUGGCUCAAUGCUGCACAGUAGGCAGCAGUGCCGUUCAUCGGGACCCUGAAUUUUCCUCAUAAAGAUGCAUUGAUUAAAAGGCAGGGACAGCGCCAGCAGACCUGCGCGGCGCUGGAAAUAAGGUGAGUUUUAUUAACUUUUAAGAGGGCUAAGGGGGGAGCAAGCCAAAACUCACUUAUCUGAUCUGUAGUCUGCCCCCCAUCCCUCACCUACAUGAUCUGUAGGCUGCCCCCACCAUCCCCAUCCCUCACUUACCUGAUCUGUACACUGUGUCCCUCCCCCUAUUUUUUUUACAUCUACAUCACUGGACUAAUAUGGCUACAAUCUCUACUUGAUCACUAUGAUAUAUAUAUAUAUAUAUAUAUUUAUUAUUAUUGCCAUUUAUAUAGCGCCAACAGAUUCCGUAGCGCUUUACAAUAUUAUGAGAGGGGGGAUGUAACUAUAAAUAGGACAAUUACAAAUAAACUUACAGGAACAAUAGGUUGAAGAGGACCCUGCUCAAUCGAGCUUACAUUCUAUAGGAGGUGGGGUGUAAAACACAUUAGGACAGGAAUGAACUGAAAUGUCAAAUAAAAAAAAAAGAUGCAUACUAUUUUUCUCAGUGGGCACCUGGUUAAACUUUAUACUGUAUAUCAUAUUGCAGCAGUGACAGGGGACCAGUUUUGGGGUUAAACCACUGGUAUUCUGUUUAUCCCCUGAAGGUAAGACAGCGCCUGGACUCUUGUGACCUCAUAACAGUUUCUAUGAACUGAAGUUGUUACAUGGGUGGGACUGUUCCUUUAAGUGUUUACUGUACUAAUUGUUAGGGCGGUGUUUCUAGUUCACAGUGGUAAAUGUUUGUAACAUAUACAAAAGAUAUAUAGAUUAGCUGUCACACUUUAUAGGUGAUAAUUUCAUUAAAAACAGGAUUUUGUGACUUGGCCUGUGUUUUAUUUGUUUAAUGUUCAAGCGGGAACAAGAUAUAUUGAUCUAACUCUCUCAUUAUUGGUUGUUAAAACUGAAAUCCUUAAGUAUUAUCUAAUAAACAUAUAAUGAACUAUAUAAUACACUUAAAAUAAACAUAUUAUGUACUAUAUAAUACACUUAUAAUAAACAUAUAAUGAACCAUAUAAUACACUUAAUCGAUAACUUGAAAAUUUUAUAGCGAUGUCGCUAAUGAUUACUUGAAUAUUACAUAAUUAUAUAAUUAACCAAUUGUAUUACUCGGUGAUAUUAUUUUAUUAUUAUUUUAUUAUUGUAUAGCGCCAUCAGAUUCCAAAGAGCUGUACAAUGGGUGAUAUAAUUGAUUUUGCAAAUAUUACCCAAUUAUGGCCUCAAUUUAAUAUUGUUGGGCAAGGUUUCCAAAUAAUGUAAUAAUUUUGGAUAAACUUUUACAAUUAUUUUUUCAAAAUAUUAAAAUAUAUAUCAUUUAGUAAAAAAAAUCUGAAACUUUUAAGUAUAGUAAAACUAUUUAAAUAUUACAACAUUUUAAUAUUUGUUAUAAUAUGAAAUCAUUUUAAAAGUUUAUUCAAUAAUAUGAAAUAAUUUAGAAGGCUUAGCCAGCAAUAUUAAAUUAAGCCCUGCAUCAUUGACAGAUUAUUGCCCAGCGAUAUCGUUAACCGAUUAUGUGAAUGUUAGUGAUAUAUGAAGUCAUUUGUUUUGAAGAAGCAGACCACCAGAUUAAUAUUUGAAGGGGUUACACUGCUCCAAAUUAAGUCAUUUAGGCUGUGACUGUUGUAAGAGAGGUUCGUGUAAUUCCUGUAUCAUUUUCCCACCCAGGGUACUUUGGGGGAAUACAUGGAUAAAAGUAUUAGUCUGGCCGUAUCUGAUAUUAUAUCCUGGUGUUGGUCAACCCAAAUCCAAGGUGAUGGGGAUUUUCAUGAUCUUUUCAAAUAGAAUGAAUUAGAUAUUUUAGUCACACUGGUGGAUAUGUCCGAAACAAGUUUACAAUGUGCACAAUUUGGGUGCAUCUGGUUUUUGGCAUUCUUCAUAAACCCCCAUUUUCACAAACCAGACAAUUUAUUGCUGCAGAACUUGAUGAUCCAGCAAAUCUGGACUGGAGUGGUCUGCGUUUAAAUUAAAGUAACAGGACACACAGCAUGUUUUUAGGAAACCCUGCUGCUUGUAAUAUAUCUGCAAACAAGGCGAGUUUCUGCCAAACCUUAUUCCCUCCCUCAAAACAAUGGGGGAAGUGAGGCUGGGGUCAUAAAGCACAGGACUGCAUUGCUUCGGAAUGUUUGCUAAAUUGAAGAACUGCAGCUCAACACUGGAGUUUAAUGAAGGGCAGUCUGCAACCGAACAGUGAAGCGUGUGUUUUUUGUUUUUUGUUUUUCAUUUAUUAUGACAUCUUGGAUAUUUUUCCUAUGAUAUAACAUGGAUUGGUAUGAUUUUUCUCUGUGAGUAUAUUUAUUUCCAUUCAAUAGUUACACACAAGGUCAUUAGAGCAGAGUUCAGUAGGUGGACCUUUGGAACUUAUAAUGUGGGUGUAUGUUCAAUGGGAAGCCAUUCGGAACUUAUAAUGUGGGUGUAUGUUCAAUGGGAAGCCAUUCGGAACUUGUAAUGUGGGUGUAUGUUCACUGGGAAGCCAUUCAGAACUUGUAAUGUGGGUGUAUGUUCAAUGGGAAGCCAUUCGGAACUUGUAAUGUGGGUGUAUGUUCAAUGGGAAGCCAUUCGGAACUUGUAAUGUGCUUGUAUGUUCAAUGGGAACAGACUAUUGUUCCUGUAACAGUUUGUAUUUGUCUCAUUUUUUGUUAAAUUUUCUCAUUUAUAAUAUUGUAAAGUGCUACGGAAUAUGUUGGCAUUUUAUAAAUGCCUUUUCUAAUAAUAAUUUGGAACUUAUAAUGUGGGUGUAUGUUUCAAUGGCUGGACCUCUUGAAUUUAUAAUAAUAAUACCAAAGUAUUUAACCAGGGAAGGUACAUUCAGAUUACUCUGGUUUGCAAGUACGUCCUGGGGAUGUUACUUUUGCCCCACAUCCAGGGGAUGUUACUAUUACCCACUUUAAUGGUACUCAUUUUAGGAUGAAGGGCUGAGUUGACACUGCCACGAUUUGAAUCUGCGACCGUGGAUUGAACAGUUUCAAGUGUUGAUUUAUAAUGUGUUUAUGUUACAGUUGGUGUCUGCAACAUAUUGCAUUUGGUAACACUUUAUUUAUUCUUGUGUUGGGCUCAAACUUUCUUUAUUUAAAAAGCUGUUUUUUCCAUGUAUAGCUGUAAUAUCUCCUCUAUUACGGCAGCAAAUUUAGAGUUACAAACGUAUAGACCUAUUAUUUGACAAAAAUGAAUCCUCUUUGCUUCCGUUUAUUAUUGCUUUAUACUAAUGGUUAAAUACAUUGAAGUUUCUUUACGGAAAGAGACACACUUAGCACUAUAAUUACUGUAGAUACUUGUAGUGAUUAUGGUGCAAACAUCCCCCAGUGUUGUCCAACCACUUGAAACUGUUUGACUCUAACUGGGGAGAUGACACCUUAAGAUUGUUUGCACUAUAAACACUACAGAAAGUUGCAGAGAAGAACACAAUUACUAGACAUUGAAUAAAUGUACGCAUAACAAAGAACAGUGCACCGUGGAAAUCCAGAACCAGUAAAUUAAAUGUGAUAGAUGUGCAAAUGUUCAUCACCUUCACCAGCAUUUAUAAAGUGAAAGACAAAAACUCAUCAAACUGUUUAAAAGUUGGGUUAGUAAAAAUGUUGUGUUUGAUUAAUUAACAUGAAGAUUAAUUUACAGAGUCUUGCUUCUGUUGUUCAACUUGGUGGCCUAUCCAUCCCUGUAUGAUAUGAGUAUCGCAGGAGCUUUGUUGCCUAUAAGACUUAUUUGUCUGGUUUGGUUUCUAGAAGUGGAUUUUCCUGGUGGUAAUUUGCAUUAUUAAUAAUACAUUCCUCUGGUCUGUUAGCCCUGAGAUUUUCUUAAAGCUUAGUAACCAUAUAUACACACCUUGUGUUUGAUAUACACAGAGCAGUGUUUACAUCCAUUUUCUGUAAUACCGUAGGUUAUAUUCAUUAAUCUUGUUGAGAAUUGACAAAGGAAUUGCUCAAUUUAUUGUUACAUUUGAUUACUGUGAUCUGCAAUCCUAUUGUCGGCUGCUCUGUUUCUAGUACAACAUACUGUAGUGUUUAUGGUGCCAUGAUUGUCCUGGCACCCUGCCAAGUAAGUAGUUAAACUGCUUAAUAACUUAAUUUGAAUCCGCUAGGCACCAGUCACGGUGCCUUAAACGUAGACUCUCUUGGAGGUACCUAGUGGGUUCAAAUUAAGUUCCAAUCUUGCCUUGCAGUGUACCAUAACCACUACAGCAGAGUUUUCCUUUAAGACAAUUCUCAGUUUAGUGAAUAAAGCCUGAUGUUUUAAAGUAAAUUGAUUAAACUGGACUGCUAAACUUUGUUAAAAAUAGAUUUGUAGGUAGCGUGGUUUUCUAGUCGAAGGAGGUGACCCCAUGAUAUUCUCGUUCCGCAGCCCUCCAAGUUGGCCACACACAUUCCCUAACAAAACUAUUACAGGGAUUCGAACACUUUAACUUAAUUUAUAAUUUAUAAAUUAACUAAACUAAAUCUGAACCAAUCACUUACCAAGUCACUAUCCUGACCGCUCCAAACCAAAUUUCCAUUUAAAUGGGUCAAAGACUCGAUUACCUAGAUGGGGACUAAACUUCACUUAACCCGGACAAAAAUCUUUGACCUUAACUUCUUACCACUCCUACAACAGAUCUCUAAGUACUUGCAAAAUAUGGCCUUCCUACACAUAAUCUAGCUGGGUCAGAUACUUCAGUUCUUAAGAUGAAUAUCCUACCUCACAUUCUAUAUCUUCUGCAGAUCUUACCUGUGGCAAAACCAACCUGUUUCUUCUCCCUCAUCCACAGUGCUUUUCUCUCCUACAUCUGGAACAAUCGCAUAGGAGAUUUUUAAAAUGUAAUAUACAUGACCUAAAAGCAAGCAGGGGUUAACUGGGACUGCCAGACAUCUCACUAUAUGACAAAGCAAUUCACCUGCAACGCAUUAUGGAACGAUCUAUCUCCCCACCACAGAAAAUAUGGAUUUGUAGAGAGCACAGACCUUUCCACUUAUGCCAUGGUUGCCCCCUCUAGCAUCAAUAAACUCGCUUUUACUAUGCUAAGGACACUAGAACCAUAUAUUGGCAGUCAGUCUGACAUGCCCACUUUCUGAGUGACCACUUCUUAGUAAAGAAAGGUCCAAUAUUAAGGAGCACUAUGUUUUGUAUAUAAAUUACUGUUCUGUUUUAAUCUCCAAAAAUGAACUUUUUGUGGAAUCAUUACAUCAGAAUGUCCUGAUUUACAUGGUAUCCUAUACUCUGUACAGACCUGCUAAUGCUAUUUGACUCAAGCAUUCAUUUUGAUAUAGGAUCUGCAGUCUAGAAUGUUAUGACCGAUUGAUAUUUUAAUUGAACUUUAACAGGUUUAUGUGCCUGUAAUGAUUUUGGUGCUCAAUGCUUAUGGUGCAUAUCUGCACAUAUUUUUUUACGUUCGUCUGGUUGCAAUUAUGUGUCUGUUAGUCCACUCAUUGUACAGCGCUGCAGAAUUUGUUGGCGCUUUAUGAAUAGUAGUAAUAAUAAUAAAGGGGAGGAUGAUGCAUUAACCUUGCUUUCUCAUCUCUCUGCAGCGCCGAUGUCCGGGCAUUCUUAAACUUAGACUCUCCAAAACUACACUCUGAUGCUUCAGAGGAUGAAGAUGAAAAGUCUGACCACAAGGUUAAAAUUAGAUAUCUUAGUUUCCCCUAUGAGUAAUCAAGAUUUCUCCCAAAUUAAAUCAUAAAUUAAACUAAAUCAUAAACAAAAAUUACUAAUGGAAAUAACAGUGGGAUUUUUCCACAACUAAAUAUUCAUAAUGUAAAGAUUUUUGUGUAAUAUCAGAUGAAUAUCCAUGAGUAAUGGAUUGUCGCACUAACUAAUCUGAUCAUUCCUGUGACUCUAUUCAUUUUUUUUUUCCCUUUAACAGAAUGGUUCACCAUCGCGGAGCUACAACCUGGGACCUUCUGGAAAUCCUCUGUAAGCUCCAUUAUAUUUAUAUAUUCUCUAUGGAAUUUCUGAUUCACAUCAUUUAAAGGCUACUUGAGCCUAUUGACUGAGUCCGUGUGUAUUUUACCAUUUGAGGAGGUUACCUGUUCCUCUGCUAAUUACCAUUAACACUGGUUAUAGGUGACUGUGCUAGCAUGCUACUGGAACAUGUGAUUGAUUGAACAGUAAUGUUCUCUCUUUGUAAAUCAAUAUUGGUGCAUCAUGCAGAAGCAACAGAUGUUGAACAUGAAUCCUACAACAAGCACUUUAUUUUUUGCUAAUGGGCAGUACCUGGCCAUAACCAUUAAUUUCACUCGGCUGUUGAGAAAAAGUCUUGAAUAUAGACUCCCAUCACCCACUAGCCAUCUGUUUCUGUAUGACUUUUGAGCCUUCUGGGCUACUGCACAGUGGAUUACAACUACUCUAUAAAUCGAUCUCACUCCUCUAAUCAUAUUGCCCACUACCAGCAGCAGAUCGCAAUGGCUUCUUUGUAACAAUUGAGAACUGUCUCCGAUAGAAAUGGGGUCAGCUCUUGCUGUUACUGUUACAUGAAGCCUCCACCUCAGGGAUUUGCCCUUAGUUGAGGUGUACACAUCCUAUAGAUCUUCUACCCGUUCUGUGAUCUCAUAGCAAAAUACGUAAUAUCUUUGUGUGACAGAUUAAAGAGACACAAUAGGCAUCAACACAACUUUAUCCUAAUGAUGCAGUUAUGGUGUAUAGAACAUGCCCCUGCGGUAUCACUGCUCAGUUCUCUGCCAUUUAGGAGUUAAAUUGUUUAUACAGCCCUAGCCACACAUCCCUGUAUGUAACUUGCACAGCCUUCCUAAACACUUCCUGAAAAGAAACCUACCGUAUUUUCCGGCGUAUAAGACGACUGGGCGUAUAAGACGACCCCCAACUUUUCAAGUUAAAAUAUAGAGUUUGGGAUAUACUCACCGUAUAAGACUACCCCUCUUCCAAUGCACACCAAAUAAAAAUUAGCCAUGAUGUACAGUGAGCAGACAGAGCUACACAGCAAGACAUUAAAUAAUGAUAAUCUGAAAUAGCAUUUAAAGCCCAGGUAUGUGCCAGGCUGUUUGGGCAUAUAAUCCAUGCCUGCUGGUCUAGCACACAGGAGGCUAAUUGCAAUAUAUUCUUUUUACUCCCCCCCCCCAUUCUUUGUACUCCCCCGCCCUCCAUUCUUUUUACUCCCCACCCCCCUCAGAGUGGGUGGCCGAGCUCCUCUUCGUCCUGUCAGUCUGGCCGGGUACCGCGCGGUACAGGAGAUUCAGUUACCUGUUCCCGGCCGGACUGAAAGGAAUUGAGCACUCAGUGUGCACUUCCUUUCAGUCCGUCCGGGAACAGGUAACUGAAUCUCCUGUACCGCGCGGUACCCGGCCGGACUGACAGGACGAAGAGGAGCUCGGCCACCCACUCUGCACAGGGAAGGGGAGGUGACAAGAGAGGCAGUGAGGCAGCCAUCUGAGUGCUCUCUAUAGAGCGCUCAGGCGGCUGCAGCAUUAGAAGAGCCGUCGAUGGAUGCGCAGGGCACCCCCGGCAGCCAUAUAGACCCUAUACCCGGCGUAUAAGACGACCCCCGACUUUGGAGAAGAUUUUCCAGGGUUAAAAAGUCAUCUUAUACACUAGAAAAUACAGUAGAUAUUUUAGGUUACUUUAUUACAGAGUCUCUUUAGUCUAGUAUUUCUAAUGUCCUGCUCUGUUAAUAGCCUUCCAGAGCCUGCAGGAGCCUCCUGUAUGUGAAUAACGUAACAUUUACAGAGCAGGAGAUAAAAACGUCUAUAGCAUGUUAACGUCUGAUUGAAAAUGAAACACAUUUUUUUCCCAUGCAGGCUGUGUCAGUCACAGCCAAGAGAGGUGUGGCUAGGGCUGCAUAAAGAGAAACAAUAUUAAACAAUAUAUUUUCAAAUACACUAACUUUUACCGCCUGUACCACUUCUGUGUUAAGCCGACAUAUGACCGGUACUAGCUCAGACUCCAGUCACUCACAACUUUCCAAUUGAAAUUGAAAGCAUUUCUCAGAAACUUUGUCCCUGUGUAAUCCAACCGAUGAGCUCAUUUAAAAUUAGUAGGAACUCACAACUGCCAAGCUCAGCUAAAUAAAGUUCCUCCCAUCAAUCCUGGAUCCAGCAGGAUUGCCUUAAUUUUUACAGGGUUAUUUAUGAAAUGCAAAAUGAAAUCAUAAUGGCAAAAACAAGGCUGAAAUAAUUCAAUUGUGACUAUAGAGGAGUUGGAGAACGUUUCUAAACCAGCUAUGUUAGGCUCCAUUUUCCAAGUGGGUGUAAUUUGCUUCAGUUUGGUAUUUUAAUGAAUAGCUAUGUCAGUGUUUGCCUGUUUCUCCUGUUUCUCCGUUGCACAUCGUACCCAAGGCUGACCUGCUUGCUUUACUUUAACCAUAUCCACAGAGUGUACCUACAUUCUUACCCUGUUUCCACAUAGCUGUCUUGCAAUUAGCUGUGUUGUUGUGCUUGUAUUGUUGUGGCUGACUUGGCUAAAGUGCUAAAUCUGUGUAAUGCUAAGCAAAUUGCCCUGUUUCAAGACUUGCAUACUUUAUUGUUUCUUUUUGUUUUGUUUUUUUAAAAAUCAUUUGUUUAAAUUGGUGUCACGUCAUUCCAUCUGUCCUUCAUGGAUGAACAUCUGUAUUAGGGAGGAAGUAUAUUAAAUGUAGCUGAAACUUGGGUUCUAAUGCAGGGGUGGGGAACCUUUUUUCUGCCAAGGGCCAUUUUUAUAUUUAUAACAUCAUUCGAUCGAUACACCAUACAAAUACCAUACAAAACUAUCAAAUAGCUUCAAAGCUUUAUUAGCAACUUAAAAACGAAUGCCAACCCUAUAAGUGAUAAGUAGGGUUUGUGUGUGUGUGCAUAUAAUUAUAUAUGCGCGUUUGUGUGUGUGUGUGUAGGUAUGUAUAUAUAUAUAUAUAUAUAUAUAUAUAUAUAUAUAUAUAUAUGUAUGUAUAUGUGUGUGUGUAUAUAUAUGUAUGUAUAUGUGUGUGUGUAUAUAUAUGUAUGUAUAUGUGUGUGUGUAUAUAUAUAUAUCACAAGAUCACUGAUACACACAAAUAGGCUUACUAACAAUCUCAAUGUCACACACAAGAUCACACAGACACACACACAAACUUAGUACAGACAAGCUAAGUGACACAUGCUCACUACAGACAAGCUCACUGAAACACAUAUGCUAACUACUAACAAGAUAACACUGACACACACAUGCUUACUACAGACAAGCUCACUGACACAAUCAUGUUCACUACAGACAAAUGCUCACUACAGACAAGCUCACUCAUUGGUAGGUAUAUACACACACACAAGCUCACUCUGUCAUGUGUGUUGAGUAAGCCUACCUGGAACUGAAUGUUGUGUGAGCACUGGGAGGUAAAGUUCCCAUUUUCCAGCCUCUUUCUGUCAAUGAGAUAAUCUGCUUGAGUCUGGGGGGGCAAAGCUUGAGUGCAGGGUAGAGCAGAAGAGGCACAGAAAGCUCCUUCUGUACAGUGGACCCUUUGGAAUCUGUAAUGCUGCCGCACCAGCCCCCAGCACCUCCCUCCUUAAUGAUAUUUGAAUAAUUUUCCCCUUGGACUGUGAGUGAGAAUCUGAGGGGAAACAUAAUUUAAAUGUCAUUAGGGCUAUUGAAUUUGAAGUCCCACCUGCGGUUGCGGCCAGACCAGAUUAUUUCACGGGUGACGGGCCUGACGUUCCCCACCCAGUUCUAAUGUGUUGUGGUUUGUGGUUGGAUGAAUUAGUUUGCACAAUUCAAAGAGUUUUACAAUAACUCUUGUGUUUAAAAUUUACUUUGUUUAUGGAGUUCCAAGAUGUAGUCUGGUCAUGUGGCUUGGGAAUUCCAAGAUGGCCACUAAAUAUGUGCACCAAUAUUACCACCGAUCAUGUACUUUCAGGAGUACCAAGAUGGGUGCCGACUGCCAUGUGAUUCAAAGAGCAUCAGAUAUAUCCUAAAUUUAACUACCAAAUGACAAUCACUCAAAGUGCAGCAAAAGAUAAAGCUUAACAAAAAGAUGUUAGAAAAACAAUAUAACAAAUAUUAAUGAACGUAUUCUAGCUAAACUCUUGUAAUACUAACUAGACCAUUAUCUUUUGCAGUACUAAUCAUAGAUUUCCCAUGGUUGCAGUUAAAACAUAUCAAAGGCUAUCCAAGUAAUUUAAUUGAAACACAAGUAUACAGAAAAAAAUAAAUUAUACCGUUUUAUACUUUGUGUCCCAGGAUCCUAACUGAAAUGAAGAUUACUUUCUGCCACUCUGUGUAGAUCAACCUUCAUGUACUUGGAUAAAAUAUAUGAGCCUAGAGCACACACUUGCAGCCUGGGACUACAUUAGUAAGGCUGGCAGGACCUGUGAACAGGUCUGUGCCAUCUACUACUACAUGCUGGUAUCCCCAAAAGAAAAACACUUAACUACUGACUGCACAAAAUAGCUGGUACAGUAGCCAUAGUAACAUGCCCCUCCUUUCAGGCUAUUCCCCGCCCAAAAACAGGUCUCCUGACUCUGAACUGGUUAAAUUGGUUUGUUAAGGCCAUGUUUCUUUCAACAAAGAAAAGGAAAUUUCUUUGUUUGAAAUUAACCCUUCCAUUUUUGAAACCUGUCAUUUAUGCAGGGAAUAUCCAUUAAAUUGUGAAAUGCAUAGGCUAAUAACGUAGGGAGUUAUGGGCAUAAAAGCACAAAUAUUGUGUUAAAAUGUUAGUCAUUUUCCAUGUCCAUAACAUAAUGGCGUGUCCCUUGUAAUGCAUCCCUGUUGCAUUUUGGAGAUGGUGUAGCAAUUUCCAAUCCACAUAUAGGAUCCAGAAAAUAAAGAGCACUUUAGUAUAUCAUGCAUUAUACAAUGUAUUUAAAAAUGGUUUACAAAGUAUUGACUCAUUGACAUGAUGGACAAAAAAAAAUAACCGUGGUGAGAACAUGCAACACUUCACCCAUCUUCCCGGAACCGUGUAUCUCCUGGCUAGAACAGUUUUCAACUUUCUAUUUACAGUUACCAUGCAAUUAAAUUGUAUUUAAAAAAAAAAAAAGGUGUUUUGAACCAUUUAAUUUACUUUUCAGUGCUAAACCAUCAGAUUUCGAGUACCUCAGACUCAUUGGAAAAGGCAGCUUUGGGAAAGUGAGUAUUUUCUGCUUAAAGCAGAAAAACAUGGUGUAUAAAAUUUUCGUAAGACGAAUUGUUCCUCAUCCAUUUUCUGAAUGUUUGCUCUAGGUUGUUCUUACAAGAGGAAGACUCGAUGGAAAGUACUAUGCAGUCAAAGUUUUAACAAAGAAAAUUAUCCUAAACAAGAAAGAGGUAGGUUCAUUUCUUCUCUUCCCUUCCAAAUCACCAGGAUGGAUGUUGUAGGAACACAGACAUAUUAGCUAGUAUUGGCUGUAUGUUCUAUAACAAUAUUUACUUAUAUCAUCUGUUAUGGAAGGGAGGGAGGGUUGAUGGAAUCGGGGAUGGAAGACUAUUUUGGACGCACAACCAAAUAAUUGUAUCUGCUGCCAUAAAGGCAUAAUGUACAGUAUAGCAUGCCCUAUAAACUGUGUAUCUGGUCAAUCCAGUAAAACAGGUUUUCAGAAUCCUUUAACUUCAGCAGAGGUAUUUCUUUUAAAAUACCUGAAACAUCAGUGGUGUCACAAUGUUCACAGAAUAAGUGUCAGAAAACAUGUUGGGCUCUUGUUUUGUAAAGGCCAGUCAGUAAGUGAUAUUGAUCUUUUUAACCGUUUAUGACAGUGCUCUCAAACCCCAUGUGGCUUCACUUAUAAUGCAUUGUCUCUCCCAUACAGGAGACGUGCCAAAUUCGGUUCUCAUGUUAAAAAAAAGAAACAACAAAACCAUAAUAAUUAAGGUUCAGAAUUUGAAUCAAGCACAGGACUAUAAAUCUUUUUUGUUAUUCAAUUAGGAUUAUAAGUGGGUUUUAUUUUAUAUAUUUUUUAAAUACACAUAUAUAUAUAUAUGAUCAUAAAUUAUAUAUACAUGCUGCUUUCUAUUGAUAAUGUAAUGAGAGACAGGAUCAGUAAGACAUGUACAGUGAAAUAAACAUGCUCAUAUCCUACUUGUUCCACUUUUAAAUCCUUAACUCAUGUGUUCCUUUUUUCCCAGUUUAAGGUUCUCUUAUCUCUAGCAGUGUUCAAUAUUUGUUAGAGGGGAUUUGUGUUGUACAGCAAUAAAAACUCACAGAUAGGUGGUUUAAUACAUCCUAAGGAACACUGCAAUGAGGAAAAAACUAUUGUUGGCACAUUUAAAUCCUCUGUAAAAGAGAUUAGACAAGAUUAGUGAUGAAGAAAGGGUAGUUUGUUUAUAUUGUUUUGCUCUUAACUGAUGAGUAGCUAAUCACCGGACAGUGACUCAUUUAUUGCUAGUUUAAAAUACACCAAAGAUAUGAUCAUGGUUGUAUUAUGUUAUAGGUUUACAGAAAAUAAAUCUGGUAAUGUGUGACUGUUCUAAGCAGAGUAAAAUAUUUAAUUAUUGCAGUAUCUUGAAAUUCUCUUUUUAUUGGACCAAUAGAGUUUUAGCUGACAAGCUUUUGGAAGAUCCUUUGUUUAUCAAAUCAAAUGCAUCUAUGAACAAAGUGUCAAAUCAAAUUCCAACAUGAGUUUUGAUACAUACAGGGUUAACGUAACAGAUCGAUAAAAAAACCAAAAACUAUUUUUAAGAGUUCUGGGAUUUCUGCUGCUGUACCCUAUUUUAUAAAAUAAUAACCCAGACUGCACUAAACAAUGAAUACUGAAUGCUUCAAGUUUGGCUCCCUGUCAAUCAUUGUUGUAAUCUCUGCCCUUUCCUGUCUUUAAAUAUAGCAAGAUGGGGAGGAUACACCAAAACAAUGGGGGCAAUUUGUCAACAUGUUGUGGUCUAAAAAAGUGUUUAAUACAUUCUGAAAGUUGUGCAGUCACAAUGGAAACCAGUGGAACCAGCAGGUGCUCUCUAUUCGUGACACCCCCAUUUUACAUUUUUGCUCAACUUUUAAGAAUACAUAACUUUAAUAAAUCUCCUUCUUUGUUUCUCCUUCCAAUUUGCAUUGUGUGCUCUGACUGUGCCUGAACUGAUCUGGAUUGUAAUAUCAAUUGCUAAAUCUGUAUUUUAAUUAAAAAAAAAACAAAAAAAAAACGAGUUAGCACAAGUUAUGGCUGGUUAUAUUUUUAUUGAAUUGUGCAAUUUUGUUUGUAAAUAAGUGAGGGUUCUCCUGUUAUAGAAAAUUCUAUUUAAAUUAACGUACAAAUAAACCGAAAGUAAACAAGAACACAGACCAAUAUGCUUGUUUCAUUGAGGUUUAUCUGUUACAUGUAACACUAAGAGGAAACCACAGUGUUUUUAGUAGCCAGACAACAGUAUUGGCUGGCAGUGGCUGCUAAACUGCCUGAUAUUGUUGGCUGGCUGACUGCCUUAAAGGAACACUAUAGUGUCAGGAAUACAAAUAUGUACUCCGACACUAUAGUUCUAAUAGUGCCGUUUAGGCCCCGGCCCCCUCGUCUGCAAAGCAAAAGGUGAAUUUACUCCCCUUUUUCCAGCUCUGCACCUGCUUUAUCCCCUUGGAUGAGAUCAUCAAACUUGAUGCUUUCCCGUAUUAAAGCAUCGGGAGGCUAAUGUGUGCAUCAGCUGCUCUGCAUCUGUAUGAGGAAUGUUCAGCAAUGCCAUACAGAAUGUGAAGACGCUGAACGUGAGUUCUGCACAUUGUGUAGCACUGACCUAGGAAGCAUCUCUAGUGGCCGUCUGAGUGACUGCCACUAAAGGUGUUAUUAGGCAGCAAUGUUACACUGCUUUUUCUCUGAAAAGGCAGUGUUUACCUCGAAAAGCCUGCAGAGACAGACAGUAGACACCAGAACAACUACAUUAAGCCGUUGUUGCUUUGGUUACUAUAGUGUCCCUUUAAAUUGUAAGGUACCUAAUGUAAGACUUUCUUGAUCACAUUUUUAAUUUACAUACAGGCUGCACUCAUUUAUUGGUGCAAGUCUUUAUUCAUUGGGCUCUUUGAAUUACAUACAGGAUGCAGAUAUUUUUUGUUGCAAAGGGUUUGUUUAAUUACUCUGCACUAGUUUAUUGGUUAGCAUAACAAUUGAUAGCGAUGGCCACAGCUUUAUUCAUAUUAAAAGCCUUGUCCAUGCAUGAUUUAUUAUUUUCGUUUUUUGUAUAUUUCCUCUUUAAUCCUCCUUUUGACAGAGAAAACAUCUCAUUACCUUGCUGACUUCAUUGUUUUGUUGACCUUUGUUACUUAAAGGGACAUUUCACACAUGCAAAGCACAUCAGCAUGCUGAACAUUUGUGUGUCAGGAGUAUCUCCUCUUAAUUGCAGUUUAUAAAAGUGCUGAUUUUCUAUUUGAAACUGACACUUUUAUACAGAAUUGCAGAAACACCUCAUUGGCAAUCAAUAAAACACUCAGGUAGGUAUCUUCGAGAUUCCAUUUGCUCUGGUAGCGCACACCAGCCGUCUCCCCAGCGUCCUCAGUGUCAAUGUUCGCCCUUUGCUGACUCACUGGCCGCUUCAUUCCGGACUGACAGCCUAGAGGACUUGGGCUGAAAGAUGUGCUCACACCACAAAAUCAGAAGCUUCUCAAUGACAAGCAUCUGAUUGGAAAUAUUCUUGACAUAGACCUCUAUUUACUAAGCUUUCCAAAUGAUUCAUUACUGAUCGAAAAAAUCUUGAAAUGAUUUAGCUGCAAACGGGACGGAGAAGGCGAACAACCCGGCAAAAGCCUCCACGCCACAGGCCCAGACUAACGCCGUGCAACACCAUGCUCAGAAGGGACUACCCCAUCAAAGCCUCACCCCCCUCCUACCGGGAGAUUGCCACUCAAAGCAAGAGAAAGCAGCACCUCAAUCCUUGCCCGCUGGGUGACGGGACACUGCAGCAACGCGGAGGAUACGCUGAGAGGAGCGCAGUACGCAACCUCCUAGACAGCGGCAUGCUCCAGAGUAUGAUGGACUUGUACUCCAGGCACUCGAAGCCCCACAAAAGCGGCAUAGGAUGAAACCAGGCCAGAAGGGGGACUUUCCCCACCACCUUAGGAGAUGGCCCCUAUAACCUUACAGCACAGUACCUGCUCAACUGCUUAUUUUAUUUUCAAUAUAUACAGACACUAUCCAGAAUCAAACAGUCAGUUAGUAUAUUCAUAUUCUCACCUACUAUCAUUUCACAAUCUUCUAGGGUGUUAGGCUCUACCUUCCCAAUAGCAAGAUAAUACUGCUAUCUAUAUAAUGUGCAGCACCCUUGCAGGUUCCUGAUAACCUUAUAAACACAGCAUGUUAGCCCCGCGUCCAUCACCAUUUACCCCAUUGAGCUUAAUAAUCUUAGGCACGUAGCCGGUUUAUUUAACGCCAACACAUGUUAUCACUCACUCUUUGCUCAUGUGACAAGCUAAAAAGCUUGAGCCUGUUUAAGAUACGCAAACUAUGCCACUACACUCAAACUGAAACACACACAUGUCCCACUCAUGCUGUCACCCAACUCUUAAAUCCUGUAACAAGUUAUAAAGUUUACACCUGUUCAUAAUCUACAAAUUAAGCUCAGUCACGCAAACCCACACGCACGCAUACCCUAUACACCUUGCCAUCCGACUUUCCAAAUAAGUGUUGGGAUGUUUAAGCCUGUUUGUAUUAUAAAAAUGUGCAACGUUCUUCAUGCCACUGUUUUACUGAUAUGUCAAUACAUACGCUGUUGUGGCAUUAUUCAGUUGAUAUGCACUCAUAUGCACACAAAAAAAAAAAAAACAUAAUUAUAAUAUGAUCUAAUUUAUUAGCAAACAAGAUGCAAUUGCAUGUAUCAGACAUUUACGUAAUCUUGGCCUUUUCUUGCAGCAAAAACACAUUAUGGCAGAAAGGAACGUGCUGUUAAAAAACGUGAAACAUCCCUUUUUGGUGCGAUUGCAUUACUCCUUCCAAACGUCAGACAAGCUGUUCUUUGUAAUGGAUUUUGUCAAUGGAGGUGAAGUAAGUGUAUACUUAAAAAAAAACAAAAAACUUUUCUAACUUUUUUUUUUAAUGCACUUAAACAAUAUAGAUUGUCUGUCUAUAACGUACACACUGCACCUAACUACCAAAGUGAUUAUUCAAUCACAUAUAUAUAAUCCUUGCAGACCCCGUAUUCAACAAUACUGGUGUUAGUCACCCCAGUGCAAACUCCGAUCAAAUAGUAUUUUUCCUCACAAACAGAACAGAUAAAACUCUCAUGUCAACAUAUGGACUUUUCCCCACUUUAUCAGUAAGCCUUCUUAAAAAACUUUGGGACAUUACAUUUGAGCAUUUGUAAAUAUAUUCAUUUUAUCCUGCAGGACUUGUCUCUUGUGCAAUACAAUGUAGUUUCUGGGCGACAAAAACAUACAUGUCCAAUCUGGCCUACUUUUCAUGGUUUUCUUAAUUCAUCACUCUGACGGUUAAAACAUGGCAAAAAAAGAAUUUAAUAAGUUAUGUGCUUCCUUUGUUUAAAAAGGAAUAUUUAUUUAAGACCGUACUGUUGGCAUCUCAAGGUUUUGCCAAAUAUCUCCCCAGUAUUCCGUAUCACAGUAGAUUACAGUAGCAGUAUUUUUGUUAAAGCAUCCAGUAUGCUAUGUAUUGUGCAAUUACAGACCAUUGUCACAAGCACUCAUUUCAUGGGUUAGAAGAGAAUAUUGUACGAGGAAGAAUCUGACCAGUAAUCGGAUUUCACUUCUCUUUUCGUAAAAAAAAAUGAGUACAUCCCAUUUUAGAUGUUCAGAUAAGAUCGUCUGUGCGUGUUGCUAUGUAGUUAUUUACAAUGUAGUUAUACUUGCCUCCAGUCUAAAGUGUUUACAUUCGUUGUGCCUGCACCAGUCGUUGUGUGGGGUGAAUGCAAUCUCAUGUGCCCAAUGACAAUCGUGGUGGUCAUAUUGGUGCAGGCAGAAAAAAAAAGUCUGUAUGUCUAUCUAUAUAAUAAAUUAAUAGAUGCAGUGCAAACGAUGGCCUUCUAGUUGAUGGCCUCGUGUUAUUUAAUUGCCCAGAUGCUUGUCUGUGUCAUGCACACAAAUGGCAAAGCACCCAUAAAUCUUCAGUAGAAAAACUUAAUCCCGCACUUUAUUCCAUUGCAUUUUAUACGUAAAUAACAUUUAAGUAUUACGAAGAGUUUUAUCAAGAAUCUUUGCUCAGACAUUAAUAAUAAGUAAAUAUAUGGAAGGAUGUAAAAUUGAGAUUGCUACUAAAUGUGAGAAGAUGAACAACUUUUGAAACCCGAGACAUGCUCAGAAACAUGAAUGGUGUCAUGCAAGUGAGAAAAACCCAGAGAUGGAGUUAGUGUACCCCCAAAUAGCAUACAUUCAUAUCAAAAUUGGAUUUAGACUAAUCUGGAAAAUUGAUCUAAGUUUGUAAGUGAUGUGGUGAUAAAAAAAAAUUACUUCUGGCACCAACAUUUACAUCAUAAACUAUAAAUUUAUGCUGAGCUCAUACAGCUUGGCUCUUUCCCCUGCAAAAGUAAAUUACUUCAAUACAGGGGCGUACUAUGGGGGAAGGCGGCGGGGGCGGUCCACCCUGGGUGCCACUCAGAAGGGGGGUGCCCAUUGCGCACUUUCACAGGGGUGGCCGCCCCUGUGUCUUAUGUAAAGGGACCAGCCACUUACGAGAGUAUCCACGCAAGUUUCCUAUCCAGCAGCAGCAGGUCUUAUGUUCUUGCGAUCCGCAAGAGCGUUGCCGCGGUUUGCCAUAGCGAGAACAGAGGAGAACAGAGGACCCUGCUGCUGCUGGAUGGGAAAUGAGCGUGCAGAGUUCUGGGCCCCUCUUCACUGCCCAUCUAUGCUGUGCCACCGGACCACCAGUCGAAGAUGACUGGAGGGACAGGUAAGUGUCAGGGAGGGGCAAACCAUACACACCGCUCACCUUCCCAGCACUUAUUCCACACAACACACACACACUGCAUCUGCAUACACUAUACACACACUCCAUACACUAUAUACACACUCCAUACACUAUAUACACACUCCAUACACUAUAUACACACUGCAUACACUAUACACACACUCCAUACACAAUAUACACACUGCAUACACUAUACACACUGCAUACACUAUACACACACUCCAUACCCUAUAUACACACUGCAUACACUAUAUACAAGAGUAUACCAAGGGAGCCAGUAUAGAUGGAGAACCGUAGGGGACCAAGGAUUGAACCUUGGGGGACACCAACAGAGAGGAGUUGGGGAGAAGAAGCAAAGCCAGAGAAAACAGGGGCGUACCUGAAACAUUUGGCACCCGGGGCAGAUCCUUUAUUGUAUAUAUUAUACAAAUAUAUUGGGGGCCAAUACAAACCAUUGUGUGGAAAUCUAUUCACAAACCGGACUUUACAUAGGACACGAGGUCAUGCGUUUAGAUGGGAAGAAAGAAGAUUUCGUCUAAGGCAAAGGAAUGUUUUUUUUACUGUAAGAACAAUCAGGAUGUGGAAUUCUCUGCCUGAAGAAGUGGUUUUAUCAGAGUCCAUACAGAUGUUCAAACAGCUACUAGAUGCAUACUUGCAAAAACAGAAUAUUCAAAGAUAUAAUCUUUCAAUGUAGGGUAAUAACUGCUUGAUCCAAGGAUAAAUCUGACUGCCAUUCUGGGGUCAAGAAGGAAUUUUUUUCCUAGCUUAUUGCAAAAUUGGAAAUGCUUCAGACUGGGGUUUGUUUGUUUUUUGCCUUCUUUUGGACGCAAGUCUGAACUUGAUGGACGCAAGUCUCUUUUCAGCUAUGUAACUAUGUAAAAGCACAAAAACCUUGGCAACAAAAGGGUUAACAAAGUGACUAAAUACAAUAGUAAAUAAUUGAUUUCUGGCAGUCAUGGUUGGCAAUUGGCAUUGAUUGCUCAUUCUCACCGAGUGUUAAAAUGUGUUGAAUUAGCAGACAGUGCAGGAAAUCAGAAAGCAAAUUACUUGAGAAUGUCAACAGAUUUGAUGUCUGAGAAAUGUUGCCUAUUUUUGGCACUGUGUUACCUGUUCUUUGAAAAGUCCAGUAAUUUAUAAGCUGCGAUGAGUCAUGAGGAUGUUCUUUCUAUGUCUGUGUGAAAAAAAUCUGGGGAAUGUUUGCUGUCAUUAUACACUUAUGUUUUUGCUUUGAUUUGCAAUGUUCAAGCAAACCUUUCUCCUAGUAAAAUAUUACAUUUUUCAGUGUCAACACAAUGUGUUUAUUCAUAUGGUACAGCACAUUUUAGGAUUCUCUUCUGCAAAUGAUUCAGCAGUUUUUACUGCUAACCUCUUCCAGGAUGCUUGCACAAUUCUGCUGUUUCUGCUUGCUUGUCUUUCAAAUGAAAUCUAAUCUAUCAUAUUCAGAUGUUUUAUUUUUAGGCAUUUUAUUUAGGCAUUUUAUGGUCAUUCUUCUACUUUUUGUUUACUGCAUCAAGUACAAAAUGUGUGUGUAUCCUUAAAAUAAAUGGAUAAUAUUUCUGUGUAAAAGAUUUGUAGUGCUCUGCCGUGUUUGUGUUUGUUUUGCUGGCCUGGACUGGUACCCAGGUGUAUUUCCCAGUGCGGUAUCUGGGUCAAUCCAGGCUGCCAGCGGUAUUUAUGGUGUCUUAGAAGAGGUUUGCAAGUGACUGUAGGGUGAGAUGAGACUUUGCGCAUUACAGACAUAAAACACACUGGUUCUCAUAGGUGGCAAUCUAGUUGCAGGAAACAAAGUCUGCAGUUCCAUCAUUCUGUACAGGCAGGGCCAGAUUAAGAGCCCAGUGGGCCUGGUGCUGACAAUUAUGACGGGCCUAAUUACAGAAUCAUAUCGACCAAAAACAGUAAAACACUCCCAAGCGUCAUGUAUUUGAUGGAGAUGGUGCUGGAGAGAAAGAAAACAGCAGCUAUAAGAAAAUACAUACCCUAGGCUAAUCACUCACUAAUUUAUGUUUUCAUCUUUCAAGUAAAUCCAUAACCUCUAACAGCAGUGUCCAGUCAAGCUGGAAGUCAAUGGGCAUGGUAAAAGGGUGUGCCACUGACACAAAUCACGUAACCUGCCAAAAGGGGUGAACAUGCCCAAAAAGAGGAUAUGUCUGCCCAAAGAAUUAGAAGACCAGCCUGGUAUGAAUGCAUGUCAGGCUGCCUGCCAAUCAUGCAGCUGGCCAACUAAGGGCAUACUACGCAGACUGCACCCUGAGCUUGGCAUAAAUGCAUCUAAUGAUGCGCUCGCUUAAUGCUUUCUAAGGACUGUCCCCUAGCACUCGCUGGUCAUUUGUCUCCUUACCUUCUUACCAGCAGGCAGAAGCUCCUGGUAUACAGUCUGGGACAGAGAAAAGCUGUAUGUAGUGAGUGUAGAAGAAAGGGAACAUGCCACAGUGUUAGAGAGAUCAAAGACAGCAUUACCUUAAAGGAUCACUAUAGGGUCAGGAACACAAACAUGAAUUCAUGACCAUAUAGUGUUAACACCACAAUCUAGCCCCCCUGGGCCCCUCAUGCCUCGAUAAAUAUAGCAAAAUCUUACUGUAUUCAAGCCUGAAGCUGUAACUCUGCAUGCUGUUAGACUCAGAAAAACAAGCAGUCUGCUGACAUCAUUAGAAGUGGUGCCUAAUCCAAUCACAGUGCUUCCCCAUAGGAUUGGCUGAGACUGACAAAGAGGCAGAUCAGGGGCAGAGCCAGCAUGAUUCAAACACAGCCGUGGCCAAUCAGCAUCUCCUCAUAGAGAUGAAUUGAAUCAAUGAAUCCCUAUGAGGAAAGUUCAGUGUCUGCAUGCAGAGGGAGGAGACACUGAAUGUUUGGAUGCAUUUUAGGCAUCCAUGACCCAGGAAGGAUCUAUAACAGCCAUCAAAGGAGUGGCCAGUGAAGUUAUCACUAGGCUGUAAUGUAAAGACUGCAUUUUCUCUGAAAAGACAGUGUUUACAGCAAAAAGCCUGACAGUAAUGAUUCUACUCACCAGAACAAAUUCAAUAAGCUGUAGUUGUUCUGGUGACUCUAGUGUCCCUUUAACUAUAUUCAUUGUCAGCCAGUCCACACAAGUUUUGUUCCCAUACAUCCCUCUUAAGUUUCCAUACUUAAGUAAGAGUAUGUGAAAAGUAGUUAGGGUUGCCACCUUUCUUGGAAAAACAUACCGGCCUUGCUAAUUUGCAUAAUUAAAUAUGUAUGGGUGACAUCACAUGAUGUUAAUCACAAGGAGUGGCAUAAGAGAAAAUGCUGUAAAAUCAUCAAAAAACUACUUAGUUUGAUUCUGCUGUAUAGAUGGCCCCAUGUCUCCCAGUGCCCCCAUGUGUCGAUUACUCCAGGUCUCAGUGUUCCUAUGUAUCAGUGUCUCAGUGCCCCAUGUCUCCCAGUGUCCCCUAGUGUCGUGUCCCCAGGUCUCCCAGUGAUCCUAUGUAUCACAGUGUCUCAAUGCCCCAUUUCUCCCUGUGUCCCCAUGUAUCCCAGGGUCCCUAUGUCACUAGGAAGACGGGAAGACCUGGGGACACGGGGAGACCUAGGGACACGGAGACACCAGUGACACUGGGAGACUAGGGGACUCUGGCUGGGACGCAUGGGGACACUGGGAAAAUAGGGGACACUUGACAUGGGGACACAGACACCAGGGACACAGACACUAGAGACACUGGCUGGGGGACAUGGGGACAAGGAGACACCAGGGCCACAGACACUAGGGACACUAGCUUGGAGACAUGGGGACAUUGAUGCACUGGGAGACAUGGAGGCACUAGGAGACAUGGGGGCAGUGAGACACUGGCAGACUCUGGGCACUGGGAGACUAGGGGGAACUGAGACACCAGGGACACUGGCUGGGAGACAUGGGGACACGGUGUCCCCAUGUGUCUGUGUCAUAAUGUCUCCCAAUUUCCCUUAGUGUCUCAGUGUCCCCAUGUCUCCUUGCAGCAAUCCCCCCCUCCCCCCCCCCAUCCCUUACUUCCCUGAGCUGUAGGCUGUCUCUGCAGGGUGGGAGUUGCUGUCUGGACUCUCUGUAGCUGCACCCCUGCAGAUCAGUGAGAAUAGAUAGGCAGGGAGGGAUAUGCUGGAACUUCCUAUCCCUGCCUGUCUCCACACACAGUGACCCCUACUGGCCAGUGCUGGUAUUGCAUAGUAAUCUCUUGUUUAUACUGAGAAAAAUACCAGCAUUUGUAUUGCCAGUAUCACUGCAAUAUUGGCACCAGCCAGGCAGCCUCAAAUACUGGCUGUGCCAAUAAAAUAAAAGCCAGGUGGAAUUCCUAAGAGUAGUGUGUGAAAAAAAAUAAAUCAAUGGGCCUAUUCCAUGGGCCUGGGCCUGGAGCUGCAGCUCCAUCAGCCCCUAUGUUUAUCCGGCCCUGUGUACAGGUCAUACUGAUGGAGAUUGGACGCAUAUACCAGCAGCUGCCAUCUGUUAAACCCAUAAUUCUGCUCUGUGUGAGUAUGUCCGUCCAUGAGGCCAUAUGUGUAAUUUGUGAACAACAUAAGGCCAAUUGUUUGUUCUUCCGCUCACCGCCAUAAUUUGCCAGUUCUCCCCUGCUGUUUGUCGAACUAACAGAACAAUAUGGUAGGCCUUUUUUAAUGCCACCACUACACUAAGUAUUAAUCUCCUGAUGUUCGAUUUUUACCCUGCGCUAGGUAUAAUGGGUGACUGGCUUUAUAUAAUCCACCAGAUGUGUCUCUUUAAAUUAAUGGCGGCCGCCUUAGACCUUGCGCUUAAGGCAGAAUGAUCUGCUCUGCCCUUGGUCCGUACCGAGUACUCAACACCGGGAUGCUGCCCGGCCACAAAUAUAUAUAAAUUGAUGGCAACAUGCAGAAAGUGCUGCCCUGCGGUACAUAUAUAAUGUGUAUAUAGUAUACAUAUAUUAGGAAACGUAUAUAAAGAACAUAUAGGUUAGGAUAUAUAUGUGAAAUGAUUAUAGAAUAUGUGGUGAAAAUGUCUGACACUGUUUUAUCUGUAACUUUAUUUGGCAAAUCAUUUUUUAUUUAUUUUUUAAGCUUUUAUGCCCAACCAAAAAUGGCAAUGUUGUAUAAAUGAUUAGCAUAAUUGCAAAUUACAUUUUUUGUUUAUGGCAAAUUAAUUUAGUUUGCAAAUUACUCAGCCGCACAGGAAUCAGCGACAAUGCAGGACUCUGAACAGUGAAUACAGAGACUAGCUCCCUGUAUUCAGCGCUGCAAACCCGUCCUUCAAUAUAACUACAGAUCCUUAUACACACACACAAUGCAACCCCUAUUUUUUUUCCACUUUGUGGGUUAAUGGGGGCCUUAUGUUUAAAGUUUUGCCUAAGGCCUCGCAAAGUCUAAAGCCACCACGGUAACCAAGCCCAGACUGGCCAUCGGGUAAACCGAGUAAAUGCCCAGUGGGCCACGAUGACCAUGGACCAGAAUCUCCCAGGCCGGCCCCUCCACUGGUGGAGCGCGAGGAAAGUGUUCCGAUACCAGCAAGGAGAUCCUCUGUAAUGAAAGUAGUCUAAGAAGCAUGAAGUGAACUGCUCCCGGACGUGAUCAGAGCGUUGCUGUGAAUUACUAUGGCAACACUCUGAUACUUUCCCCCGUGGAUCACAAGAGGACCACCAGUGAUCAUCGAUAUCCCUACUCCCCCCUUGCCCAAGGUAAACCAAAGGGAGGGGGGACUUAACAAAUUAAUAUCAUUACUUAUUACUGAAUUUUAAUAUUUUAAGCACCAUACCCCCACAGUACAGCCUAAUACCCCCUACUGUACAAACCCUUACCCCCCACAAUAAAGAUCCUUACUCCCCACAUCGAAGACCAUUACCCGCAACAGUUAAGACCCUAUCCAGUACAGACACAGCGCAGCAUUUCAUCACACAGACACACUCUACAGUCUGUAUCCAACACAGAUUCAGUACAGCCCCAACCACCAGACGCAGUACAGUCCAUUUCCCUGACUCAUUACAGCACUAUACCCUUCACAUUACAGCCGCUAUUCCUCUCACACAGUGCAGACCCUUUCAUCCCCACACACAGUAUAGCCCAUAUCCUCCCACACAACAGAAUCCCUAAACACACACACUACAUUCCCUAUCCCCUCUACACAUACAGUACAAUCCCUAUUCACAUGUACACUACAGCCUCAUUCCGCACACCACCUGUACACAGUACUGCCCUAUCCAGAGGCACAUUGUACUGCGAACAACCCCAUCCUACCCUACACGUAACACCACAAGUAACCUCCAAACAUAUGACAAUGCCAGUGAUGACACAACAUGCCCCUUCCUUUUGGGCUGUUUUGCCUCAAAAUGCCUUGGCCACAUUUUUGGUUCAGUUCUGACUGUAGCCCAAUAUUUCCACUUUGUUAUCUCUUUAGUUUAUAGGGUCCUCGGGAAACCUAUAUCUGAAACAUAAAUCUCUAUAAAUAUAAACCUUACAUUCCAUGAAAAUGUUUGCAAAGCAGUCCUGAAAUGCUUGGUUUUUAUCACCAUUUUAAACGGUCUAAAAAUAGAAAAUGUACCUAUAUUAAAAAAAAAAAAAAAACUAUUUAAAGGAAUGUGGACACUGUGAAUAUUUAGGUCAGAAUAUGAUUUAUGGAAUAUACUGCAUAUGUUUGUUAUGUUUUUCUUAAGAAAACAAAUGGAGAGUGGAUGAGUUCCAGUAGUCUGAAAAUAUCAGGACAUCUGAAACCUCCAUGAUUUCAGUAUUUGACUAUGGUUUUCAUUGUUUAUUUAUCUCUUUAAAAUCACAGCUAUUUUUUCAUCUGCAAAGAGAGCGUUAUUUUGCCGAACCAAGGGCGCUGUUUUAUGCUGCCGAAAUCGGCAGCGCAUUAGGAUACCUGCACUCCAUUGAAAUCAUAUACAGGUAAAUAACAAAAUAUUUACUUUCCUCAAAUGUGCUUCAUUGUUUGUUUUUGUAAGGGCUUUUUUGUGCAUGUGUUGUGUUUUCUUUUUUUGUCGUAUAUGUGUUUUUACGUAUUAUGUUUUCUGAUAAUAAAAUAAUGCAUUUAAUCUUUCUACAGAGAUCUAAAACCGGAAAAUAUUCUUUUAGACUCCCAGGUAAUUAUGCUUUGAUUCCACAUUCAGAAAACGUAUUAGAUGAUAAUCGCUGUCGCAGCCUACCCUAUAACUACAACUGCUUUGCAACCUUUACAGCUCUUUCUCUGUCGUUCUAUCUAGGGUCAUAUUGUUUUAACUGAUUUUGGACUAUGCAAGGAAGGAAUUGCAAUUUCAGACACCACUCUCACUUUCUGUGGUACACCAGAGGUGGGUAAAUAUGCUAUUAACUGUACAUUGUAGGUAUGAUAGAUAUUUGAAUGUAAUAACAAAAUUUAAUUUAAAGGACCAGUUUGGGCACCAUGACAACUUAAUUGAAAUUAAGUUAUUAUGCUGCCUGUAGGUCCCUAGUAGUUGUUCACCUUUAGGGGUUAAACCAUUCUUGAGCUGUUUAACUCCAAAGUCUGUGUUCCAGCACUGGAUCUAUCUGCUCAUCAGUACUUCCUUUUGCUCAAAUUCUGGAAAACGGAAGGCUGAGAACAGACCGCUAACACUAUCAGUCAAUCAGUGACACCCUGUUCAUAAAACUGUGUUUAAAUGGAAUGUCUGGGAACAGUUUAACAACUAAAGAUUAAAACAGUGCCAGGGACCUCCUGCCACCAGAACGUCAUUUCAUGAAGUUGUUAUGGUGUCUGGUGUGUUCAUUUAACAGUAAACAAUGCAUUAUUACAAAUGCAGUAAUUAAAAACGGUUUUUCCAUCUUUAUAAAUCUUAUGUGGUUUCAUGGAGGUCCAACGUAUGCAAUGAAGCAUUAUCGUUUUAAUUUGGUCCUCCAAAAUUGGGGUCAGCUGUCACAGGUUUUAGACCCAUUCACAUGCCGAUAUUUAACUUAAAGGAGCACUAUAGUCAACAUAUAAAAACAAGUGAGACAUGUCCCCUAGCCUUCUUUUUUUGCUUUUAUAUUAACUUCCCCUUAAUAAAAAAUAUUUUCGAGUCCUUAUUAUAGAUAAAACUUAACUCCAUUCCAGCGCUGAGAUCCUCGGCAGGCAGCGCCCCCUUUUCGUCAAAAUGAAGGAGUAGCAGGGCUCAAUCAGACGCUUCUCUUAGAGAAGUGUGAUAGCGAUCUGGUGCGCAUGCUCAGCUUCACGCUGCACCAAUCAAGUUCUUCAUAGAGCAGCUUUGAAUGCCGCCCUAUGAAUGAACACUCAGCACUCUACCGCGCAUUUGCGCGUUUUGUGCAUUCGCGAGCUGAGCUGACUGACCGCUCAGCUCACUGUCUAUGCCCACCCCCCCUCCUACCACAACCCUCCAGCCCAAAGUAUAUAGUAUACAAACACUAUAUAUAGAGAUAUCUCUAUAUAUAGUGUUUGUACACAAACACACAUUGAAAAUAUUGUUAAACAUAAACACAUUCUAUCUAUCGAUUUCUCUCUCUCACCCACACUCACUCUCUCACCCACACUCUCUCACACUCACAAAAUAAGUUUACUUACGGUUUGGAUCCUUCUGCUCGGUCUCCGGUCUUCUGCCUGUCAGCCAGAGCCGCUGUGUGGGCAGGAGAUCUUAUCUCCCCACACUGUCUGCUCUGAUUACUGUUAGAGUCCGGGUUACUACAGGACACAGGAGGCGUGUUCCUGUCUCCUGAUAUUACGUUUGAUGUAUUCACCAAACGUGCAGACGUCAAACGUGAUGAAUGCGAAUUAGGCAGCCCGGAACUCAGAAGUCCCUCUGGUGGACGUAUUUUCUCAGAAAAUACAGUGUUUACAUGAGAAAGUCUGCAGAGAGCUAUUGUUCUCACCUGAACAACCUAAUUAAGCUGAAGUUGUUCAGGUGACUAUAGUGUCCCUUUAAGUUGCUUUUGUUAAAGGACCACUCUAGGCACCCAGACCACUUCAGCUUAAUGAAGUGGUCUGGGUGCCAGGUCCAGCUAGGGUUAACCCAUUCUUUCAUAAACAUAGCAGUUUCAGAGAAACUUAUGUUUAUGAAUGGGUUAAGCCUUCCCCCUAAUCCUCUAGUGGCUGUCUCAUUGACAGCCACUAGAGGCGCUUGCGUGCUUCUCACUGUGAUUUUCACAGUGAGAGCUCGCAAGCGUCCAUAAAGCAUUAUGAAUGCUUUCCUAUGUGACCGGCUGAAUCUUGCGCGCAGCUCUUUCAGCGUGCGCAUUCAGCCGACGGGAAGAGAGCGGAUGGAGGAGGAGAGCUCUCCGCCCAGCGCUGGAAAAAGGUAAGUUUUACCCCUUUCCCUUUCCAGAGCCGGGCGGGAGGGGGUCCCUGAGGGUGGGGGCACCCUCAGGGCACUAUAGUGCCAGGAAAACGAGUAUGUUUUCCUGGCACUAUAGUGGUCCUUUAAUGUGACCCUAACAUGAAGAGGAGAGAUGUGACCCACACACUGCAGCUAUUAGCUAACCAUUCUGCAAGCAGUUGCAGUCGGGACCCAGCCACUGGAGAGUUCUGGGUUGUGCUCCAACCAAUAGAUCUGUGACACGUGGGGAUCUGCUGUUUUAGGUUAUCUAUAUCUCCAGGUCGCUAGCCACUGGAUCAUCCUUCAGGGUUUAUCAGAGAUAUAUUGAUUACCACUGGAUCAUUGCAGCCCAACUCAGAUUUUCACAAUAUGAGCAAAGACCUGUGUUGGCAUUUUCUCUUCUAGUCAAAUCUCCUGUGGCAAAACCAUAGGCAAUUCUGUAUGACCUCUAGACAUGUGCACCAGUGAAAUUUUCGUUUCAUACAAAUUAUUUCAUACUAAAUAAAAAUUUCAUUAGUCCAUUUGUUUUUCGGACGAAAUUCAGUAUAAAAUAAUUCGUUUUCAUCCAUUAGGACGAAAAUAGCACUGCGCAUGGGCAGAAAAAUAUGACCCCCAUAUAAAUAAAAGGGGGGUUAAAUCCUCCCGCAUGCCCCUACUCGCAACAUGCCAGUGGCUGCUUGCUGUCAUUUAAAACUACUAGGUACUGGCACAGGUCCCCCAUGUUCCCCUAUUUAACUCAUAACACUGAUUGGUUGAAAGUGCAAUAAGGGGAAACCAGGGGGGACAUUAUGUCCCCACCCAUGAGCGGCGGGUGGGGACCCUAAUUAAACAAAGGGGAGGGAUCUAAUGUCCCCACCCAUGAGCGACAGGUGGGGACCCUAAUUACAUAAAGGAGGGGGGACCUAAGCUCCCCACCCAUGAGCAGUGGUUGGGGACCAUAAUUAAAGGGGGGGAGGAAACCUAAUCUCCCACAUGGUGCCCACCCAUGAGCGGCAGGUGGGAACCCUAAUUAAAUAAAUAAUGGGGGGGAACUAAUGUCCCCCCCCAGGUCCCCACCCAUGAGCGGCCGGUGGGGACCCUAAUUAAAUAAAGGAGGGGACCUAAUGCCAUUACCGGCAGGUGGGAACCUUAAAUAAUUAAAUAAUGGGGGGGGACCCAAUUUCCCCCCCAGGUCUCCACCCAUGAGUGGUAGGUGGGGACCACAGAUUAUAAAGUAACUAGGGGUCCCCAAGCCCCUAGUAACUCCCACCCCAAUAAAUAUACCCUACUUACCCCCCUCACCCUAAUAAUAGUGGGGGGGAGGGGCAAUAAAAUGAAUUGCUUUCAACCAAUCUGAGUGUGAUGAGUCAAAUAGGGGAACGGGGGACCUGUGCCAGUCACUAGUAGUUUUAAAUGACUUUUUCAGCGACGUGCCCCUCUGGCAAACAAAAGAACUGAAACGAAAACGUAAUGCAUUCGGUAUUUGCCCUUUGGUUUUGUUUAUAAUAAGUAUGUAGGACUUUUGUUUAUGUUUUAGUAAACUAAUAGAAAAAAAAGUAUGAAAAUUUGGACAAAAUCUUAUUAAUACAAAAAUGAAUGCACAUGUCUAAUGACCUCCCUCCACCACGAAAAAAAUCCACACUACCGUUUAAGGGUAAUACACAAAGCUACGGUUGUGGUCAUAGUCACGGCUUUUGACAGCAUCUUAGGGAUGUAAGGGACAUAGAGGAUAACAAGAUUGCUGACUCAAUAGAGUUUAGCGACAUGAGGCCAAGCAAAGAGAAUUGUAACUUUUUGUUAAGUCCCUCAUUCACAUAUUGGGCAUAAGCAGGGACAGACCAACUAAACAACUAAAUUUCUGUGUCAAGCCAUGGCAUACAUUUAACACCUCCUCUGUCAAUAUAGUGAACAUGCUGUUUGGAAACAGGAUAAGUUAAGAAAAAAUGCUGUCACUCAGUGUUGCACUAAAAACAUGUUCCUAUUAUAUUAACACUAUACCUAAAGAAAAAAACAAGAUUUAUUGUAUUCCUUUGUGUAAUUUCUGUUUUCUAUUAUCAACCGUUGCCAGAUUUUCUUUUUGAUAUUUUUUUUUGUAUAUUCCUUUUUUUAUUUCCUUCCUUUAGCACUUCCUUGUAAAACGGUUAUCAUACAUUGGGUAUAAUUUCGUUUAUUGGAAGCAGCGAAAUGAAAGAAGUCUAGAAAUCUGUGUUAUAACAAUUUUUGCUUGUUUUAUUACUAUAUUAAAUGAAGUUCUCCUAUAACUCUCAUAGGUGUGGAUUUGCAGCCUGGAAUGCUGACAAUGUUUUAAUUAUUUUAUUGUUCUGUUGUUACAUACAUAUUAUAAAGUUUUCUUCCUCCUGUCACUUUGUUUAUUUUUCUUUCAGUAUCUUGCACCUGAAGUGAUAAUGAAACAACCCUACCAUAACACAGUAGACUGGUGGUGUUUGGGCUCCGUCUUAUACGAAAUGUUGCAUGGACUGGUAUGGGAUAAUAUAUGUGUUUGCAUUUUUGUAAUGUAGAAUUGGUACUUCAACAAAAAUUAGCUUCUGUUGCAGGACAAACUAUGUCCAGACCUGAUGCACAAGCGGUCAUAAGCCAAACUAAAUACUAUUUAACAAUUAUGGAAAAUAAAGUCCCAAAAUUGGAACCAGAAUUCAGACAAUUACCAACAUCAUACAUUCAUUCCUCUCGAUGGUAAAAAACACUUAUUUAAUUCAAUUAAAUCUUUAUUGUUAAAUACAAAAUGUCACAGCAAAACACAUAAAAUGAAUAAUUUAAAAAGUGAGAAAUUUUUAAAAAGUGAUCAAGUGUAGUUAAUCUGCAGGGAACCAAUUGGUCAAAGAGUUAGAGUAAUGAGGUUAAACCCUAUCUAAGGUAGCCUCUUAAAACUCUUUGUUAGUAAUAUUGACAUAAAAUCUGAACGAAUUCUGAUUUUACAGCUAGGGUAUUUUGAAAUAAAAAAAUAUAGAGUGUUAAAAAUAUAGAGUAUGUUUUAUUACAAAAGUUCAGGAUAAGAAUUGUAUUAUGAUUGAUCUAACUCUUAAAUUAUAAACAAAGUCAUUGCUGGAGGUAUCAGGCUAAAUUGGUACUUGUGGAUAAUGUAGAUUGAUACACAGAAGGUGACAUUAAAGUCAAACUUUAUUAUAAAUGAACUGAUCACAUGUUCUAGUACAGGUAGUUAUGCAUCUUCCCAUUAAACAAUGUAACGUGAAAUGUUACCUCUAAUAUUAAAUUGUUACAUUGCUUCAAGCUGGGACGCUUCAUUGCUCAGAUAUGAAUACAGUGUUUAUUUAUACAGCUUUAUUUUGUUUUGUAGCCUCCAUUUUACAGUCGGGAUACUGCUACAAUGUAUGAAAACAUCCUUCACAAGCCUCUGAUUCUGAGACCAGAUAUUAGUUUACCUGCUUCAUCCAUUUUAGAAGAGCUGCUGGAUAAAAAUCCCACAUUACGACUUGGAGCAAAUAAUGACUUUGUAAGUUAUUUACACUAAUAGAUAGCAUAUGAUUAAAUGUUUAUAUGUCCAUAUUAAAGCAAUUUGUGGUGUUUUUUGUUUUUCUGCAGAAAGAUAUUAAAAAUCACCCCUUCUUUGCGUGUAUAAACUGGUCUGAUCUCGUAGAAAAGAAAAUAACUCCUCCGUAUGACCCACAUGUUGUGAGUAAUUGUAUUUCUUUUUACACUGUCAAUACAACGUUUGUCAUAGAUAAGAAACAUAUACACUGUAUGUGUCAUUUUACCCCACUCCCUCUAGCAUGUAAGCUCAUUGAGCAGGGCCCUCAACCCCUCUGUUCCUGUGUGUCCAACUUGUCUGGUUACAACUACAUGUCUGUUCGUCCACCCAUUGUAAAGCGCUGCGGAAUCUGGUGGCGCUAUAUAAAUAACUUAUUAAUAAUAAUAAUAAUAUACACUACAUAUAGGACAACACUCUUUGUUGAGUAUUGAUGCUCUUAUGUCAGUAUAUCUCAGCUUCCCACGAUGUUGCUGCGUAGUUUUUUAAGGAGAUUUUACAGUAUAAAUAAAAUAUAUAUUAUUAUAUAUUAUUAUUAGCAUUUGUUAAGCACCAAGAUAAUCCAGCAACACCAGUGAUUAGUUUUAAGGGAUAAUUUAUAGCUUCUUAAGAUUUGUUAAUGAUUACGGAUUGUUACCAUGACUGCAGUAGCUGACAGACAUGUUGGCUGUGUCAGAUUGUCGCUUCCAAUAAAAUUGUAACGGUUAUCAUACACUGACAAACUAACAUGUGCAUCAUACUAUCAGUGUGUUCUAACAAUUCAGGCUCCAAUUUGCAGAUUCGUCUGAAAUAGAGGGAUGUCUAAAAUGAAAUGACUGAAACAAUCUGGAGAAAUCACUCUGCCAGUUGUUCCUUUUUCUUCCUUCCCUUUAACCAAGCAGCAUCCCAAGCUUCUAGCAUACUCACAAACUUAGAGUAAGAUUGGUUAUCCAGAUACUAAAGAGUCUGUUGGGAAGUAAUUGCUCUAGCCUCUAAGCCAGGGAGCACUGGACAGAGGCUAUUGAUCAUCAUAAGCUAAUAAGUGGAUACUUGAUGCCAUGGACUGUAAAUCCCACUUGGCUGAGAAUAAGUGUUAGUCAACAGCAUAGCACCCCUAGUGAAUUAUAGCACAAGAUUGAGAGUUGGGAGAAAGAGGUCUACAAAUAAAGGUUUGUGGGGAAAAUAUGCAGUAAACAGAACAGGAAACAAAAUCUAGCCAAGAUUCACUGUAAGUUACUUACACACAAUGUGUUUGACAUAUUGACAUACUUAUGAACAGAAGGAAGAGUCUUCAAAUAUUUAUUUUUAUUUAUAUUUAAUCUCGUCUGGAAAAUAAUGAUAUUUGGAGACUUUAAAUUCUAUCUUCAAAAAUUGUCCUGAGUAAUAAUGCGUACAUACACAGCUUUCUGCCUUAUAGUGUACAAACUGAGCUACUGAGCACACAGUUUAAUUAAUCUCUGCUUACCUUGGUGCAGCAACCAGCUGUAGUUAUAUCAAACAAGGAGAAGAACACUCUCAGGGCUUUUAAAUCAAACUUUCCACUGUUUUAUUAACUCCAAAAACAGUCAGCUUCUUAAAGGACCACUCUAGGCACCCAGACCACUUCAGCUUAAUGAAGUGGUCUGGGUGCCUGAUCCAGCUAGGGUUAACCCUUUUUUUUAUAAACAUAGCAGUUUCAGAGAAACUGCUAUGUUUAUAAAUGGGUUAAUCCAGCCUCUAAAGCCUCUAGUGGCUGUCUCAUUGACAGCCGUUAGAGGCGUUUGCGUGCUUCUCACUGUGAAAAUCACAGUGAGAAGACGCAAGUGUCCAUAGGAAAGCAUUAUGAAUGCUUUCCUAUGAGACUGGCUGAAUGCGCGCGCAGCUCCUGCUGCGCAUGCGCAUUCAGCCGAAGAGGAGGAGGAGAUACGAUUUUAACCCCUUCCUCUCCCCAGAGCCCGGCGGGUGGGGCCACCCUCAGGGCACUAUAGUGCCAGGAAAACGAGUAUGUUUUCCUGGCACUAUAGUGGUCCUUUAAUAUGUAUAUGUGCUUUUACAAAUACAGUUGUACUUGUAAGCAAGGUUUAGUUAUUCAGUUUAAAAACAAUGACUGGGCUAUUCGUUAAACUGGAAGUUUAGGACAUUGCACAUUUAGGCCAGAAUAACCAACUAUAUAAAAAAACUAAAUCUCUGUACUUUAGCUAAAGAUUUGCAAUACUCAAUCCUACACAAUUCUCAGUUUAGUGACUAACCUCAUAAAUUUGCUACAAUAAAGCUUAUGAAAAUGUAUCUUUCAUUAAACUAAAUUGGAUUUUUUAAAUCUUUUUUUCCAUUAGACUGGUCCUGAUGAUAUUUCUAAUUUUGACAAAGAAUUUACAGACGCAAUGGUUCCCGACUCUGUAUGCAUCUCCACAGAAUAUUCAAUUGUAAACGCUAGUGUUGAAGAAGCGGACGAUGCAUUUGUUGGAUUUUCUUACGCUCCACCUUCCGACGAUUUUUUCAUUUUAGAACAUUGA